AUGGCUAGUGUUGUAAGGGCAGACGUAACACUGGUCAGGAUUACAUUUCUCUUUAUCUACCUGAGUGCGGGCUUGUGUCAGCGUGACUGCACAGGUGUGGACUGUCCCCAGUUGGAAAACUGUAUUGAAGAAGUGCUGGAGAGUGGAGCCUGUUGUGCUUCCUGCCUGCAGAAAGGAUGCACAUGUGAGGGCUACCAAUAUUACGACUGCAUCAAUGCUGGAUUCAAGAAUGGCAAGGUGCCGGAGAGGGAGUCUUACUUUGUUGACUAUGGCAGCACUGAGUGCUCCUGCCCCGUAGGAGGAGGACGGAUCAGCUGCCACUUCAUCAGCUGCCCUGAACUGCCACCGAACUGCAUCGAGGUUUCAGAGCCUGCAGACGCCUGCAUGCAGUGUGAACGCAUUGGAUGCAUCCAUGAUGGCCAAAAGUAUGAGGCUGGACACUCUUUUCAUAUUGACUCCUGCCAGGUCUGCCAUUGUCCCAAUGAAGGGGGGGAACUGAUGUGUUACCCUGUGCCGGAGUGUGACACACACAAGGUCCAAAAAACAAUGCUGGCGACACCCAGAGAGGAGGACACGACUUAUCCUUACAGUUUUGACCAGCAAGGCCACAUAAGUCAAAUGUCUACUCUUCAUCACAUGAAUGGGACCCUCCCCCUUUUCAAAGAUUUGCCUUUAUUUAAAGAGGAACCAGAAGAGUAUGACUACGGCCCCAUAGACCCUCCAGAGAGCUACCGUCAGUCCCAGAUCUUCUCCACCCAGCUCCCCUCCUUCAACAAGGUCCGCACUGUGCCUCGAGGCUCCGACAGAUUUGACAGAACCACGGCCCUUCAGGACUUUGACAGACAAAGCAAGCUGGAGCUGAGGGAGCAAUAUGGAGUUCAUGACCAUCCUGAGGACAGAGAGGAAGUGACAGAAAGUCCCCCGAGAACCGACCACAGUACUGUCACACCUCAUACGCACACGGGCGCCACAACUUCUUGGCAGCUAUCGCAGGGUGUAGAGAGUGAGCAAAGUGAAAGAUUUAGUGAUCUAACCACACAGACAGACGCAGAAAAUCCAUUGCACAGGCUGAAAAGUUCAGAUAGUGUCAUAUUUCGACCAAAUCAAGGAUUAAGGACUGAAAAACACCCAGAGUAUCGACACACCAGUUCUCAGAAAUCAGUUCAUCAUCAGAGAAUCCCCGAGACGGAGACGCAUCACCAAAAGGCAUCAGAUAGUGUGACAGCCAAUGGAUCAAAGAAUCAGGUCAAUGUUAGUCAUCCGGUGGGGGGAGCAGCUAGUCAAACCAAUCAGCAAAGACAAUCAGAUAAUAAAGAGAAUUUUCCACUUUACAUGCUCAAAAGCCCAGAGAGUCCAAUCCAUCCCCAAGCAAGUUCAAAUGGACGGAGAGAACCACAGAGGACAUUGAGACUAGACAGAGAGGAGGAUGUAGAUGAAGAACAGAUGGAGGAAAAGGAGGAGGAAGAAGUGGUAACAUUUCAUAGUGUCACUGAGUCUGAAGGGAAGGAUUGGCCUUACAAGUUCAAUCCACCACAACAGGAGAGAAACAAUGAGGGGCCAGAGAGCAGCAAUCCAACCAGCAGCUACCAAAAGACAACACCUGAGCCCAGCACCAGCCCUCACAGGAAGACCGAGUACCUGACAACCCCCUCGGUGCAUUUCAUUACCACCACCACCCAGCAGCCACAAAGGUUCAAGCUGGAUGAGCAUGAGCCCAGCAGGGAGCCAGGUCAGAGGAAGUUUAACCCACACAGCACAGACCAGGAAAAGAGGAGGGAGAGAGAUGAAGAGAGGAAAGAUCCCCCUGUAGUGCUCAUCAAACCUGAUGGAGGUAAGUCCAGAGAUGAACUGUCAGUCACACCCUCACUCCCAGAAAGGCUCCUUAUAAUUCUGAAAGAUGAAAGGUGGUGUUUUUUAUUUAUAAAGGGUAAUUCUCCACAGUUUGUAAGUGACCAACAUGAGCAGAUUAUUAAAGAGUUCACAUGCUUCCUAUCAGUAAAAAAAUAGAGAUCUGAAAAAAAACACCACUGUUUGGCUGAGAAAGAAUGAAUUUACAAACACAGCUGUGUAACACAUCACCUACCUUUGUGUCCUUGAUAAGUCAAGUGUGGUGUGUGUGCCGCUUCAAGCUAUAAUCAUCAGCCAAUGAGUAUCAAGUUCAGAGUCAAAUUAAGGAUAUAAUUUUCCAUCACAAAAACAAUGACAAAAAUGAAACAUGUCUAUGUUUAGUCUGUGUGCAGACAGCAGCAGAUUUCCUCUGCUGUAGCACUGAUUUGAUUUAAAGUUGUUCUGUGGUCACCUGAUGAAGGCCGAACUUGAUUCUGCCAACCUUCCAGCAUGAACCAACUUUGUGUAUCUGCUGUUUCCUGCUGGGUGGAUUCGCAUCAGAUAUAGUCGUAAAAGGGCUGCUUGGGGAUACACUUUAGACAGACACCACUGAAGACUUAUUAGUGUGCGGUAGGUUUAGAUCAUGGGCAGUAAAAAAGGACAGGGAUGUGGUACAUUACACUCUGUAGGAACAGAGAGGUGGGGUUGAGACAGGCCUGUAGCAGGGCUGCAUGACUUUGGCCAAAAAUAAAAUCCAGAUUUUUUUCUCUGAAAACUCAAUUUUUGAUUAUUUUUUUUUAUUCAGUGACAACUUCACCAAACGCCUCUAAAAACAAAAUCACUGAAAUGGAUGUGGUGCCAAGCCAGUAAGUGGAGCUGUAACGCUGCACAGGAAAUGCCGAAAAGACAGAAGAAGAGUACAGAGCGUGUGUAUAUAGGUUGUUUUGGCCAAACGUGCAGGCGCCAUAUAGGAGUUAUAGGAGUGUGUAACGUAAUCAUUUCAAGAGAGAUGCAGAUAGGCAUCCACACUGGGAUGAAAUGGUAGUUGUUUACGGAUUUAUGCACUCUCCGACCUGUUUUCAAAAAAUACCUUUUCAGUCACCUGAAACACUGUUUCUGUGUGGAUGAAACGCUGAUACGACAAAAAACUUUUGCGUUUACUCCUGAAUUCGUUUCCGUGUGGGCGGGUUGAUUCCGCCCUCAGACAGACUUUGCAGCGGGGAGUGGUUUCCUCUUCAUCCAAAACAGCAAAAAAAUAACCAAUUCCACAUGAAUGACUCGCUCUUGUCCUAUUGAGCCACGAAAUUAUCGCCUUUUGCAAACGCCAUGUUUGUUUGGCCCGGUGAUAGAAAGAAAAAUCGAUUUGACUAGUUUAAUUUUUUUAACGUCGUCAUAAUAAAAUAAUCUGAUUACGAUAUGAAAUCGAUUAAUCUUGCAGCCCUAGCCUAAAGCCUUCCUGCUCACAGCUGUAGUAUGUGGUCUCCUGGGCCAUUGCAGCCAGUCUCAUACGGACUUCUGAAGAACUGCAGCUUUUAGCACUUCUGCUUCAUCCCUCAAGACCGGAGGCUGCCUCUUGGUUUUGACAUAAGUAUACACUGACUGCUGCAGACAUUCAUAUUUUUUAAUUAUAUCGCUUAAGCUCUAAAAUUUUUCCUGCCGUACAGCCUUGUUUGAUUGUUUUGAACCCAUAAAUCAUUUCAAACUUCUCUUCCUAAUAUUUUGAUUUUAUAAUAUGGUCUUCCUGGAACAAUAUCCCUCUUUCUGUUGAGUUACCAGCCAGACCAUAUGUCAUGAGUGGAUGGAAGGCGAGCAGACACUUGCUGGUCCCCAGGUAUCUGAACAGGAAUAUAAAUAACCAGAACAGGGUCCAUCUGGAGAAGGGAGUCAAACACUCCUCUCAUGCUGGACAUCCCCUCACAGCAGUCCUAUACCAGUCAGCACCAUCUCUCAUCCAGCGCACUGGGCCUCGUUGCUGUUUUACUGCCUGUUGCCUCAGCUCUCCCACAGGAGACGAACAUGGCUUAAGAAUCUGGAUUUGGUAAUAAAUUCAGCCCAAACUUUCAGAUGCUCGCCUUUCCGAUUUGUGUUCAUGAUGUAGAAGUCUUACUGAAAUGAUUCAGAAAUAGUGUGUUAUUGAAUGUUUCAGCGUAUCAGAGUUACAGCUAUGUUGGUGUAAAAGAAACAGAACGAGGAGUGUGUAAAGUCAGAUUUUUGGACUUUGGAAAGGAGUGAUUACAGUUCAUGCCAAAUACACAGUUCUUCAGUUUUCAUCAGAAAGUGUAAAAACAUCUGUUCCUGUACUUUUCUUCAUAAAUGAAAAUCUAAAAGCUCUAAUGAUUCACGAAACUUGUUAUAUGAACCGCGGUGCAGUGCAACACAAAGGACAUUUCUUUAGUUGAAUAUGACAUGGACUGCUGUUUAAACAUUGGACUGAAAUAGUCGAGCGGGUCAGUGCACUUUAUGUGGGAUGGCGGAGUUAUUUGAUCUGGUGCUGGUGCAUAUGAAAUUGCUUUAAAGGAGAAGCACAAGGUACUAGCAGAUCCAGAUGUUGGUGCCCUGGAGGGAUUAUACCCUGGUUACACUGUAGACUAACAGAAGUUUGAUCUUAGCUACAAAGUACUUGUACAGUAUCAAACAACGCAAGGCCUAUAGGAUAUGUUUUAAACACUCUGGCUAACCUGUAGACCUCAAUUUAGUGGUCAUCACAGGUACAGGGUGUCAUUCUGAGGUUGUAUAGGCAAGACUGCAGAGAGUGAAUUAAGCAGGCAUCAAGGUUAGCAGGACUCAAAGUUAAUCACCCGUUGUGCAAGCUGACAGAAGUUGAAUAGGUGACUCUUUUUAAUAAGGAUUUUUUUUUUUUUUUUUUUUUCUGUAUCUAACGUUUCUUCAGACAUGGUAACUCUGCCAAAUGAAGUGCAACAGCAGGUAAUCUGUGUAGUUUGGGCUCAUCUAGCUGGAGUUAGGUGGACUAAAGCUGCUGUGUGACUUGCUUGUAGCAGUAAAACUACAGCUGUAGGACCUGGAGCGAUAUGAUCUGCAGAUAGAACUGAAUACUGGUGUUGGGACCGAUUUGCAAAAUCGUCAUAAAUAGGGCUCCAACGAUUAGUCAACGUUGUCGACAAAAAUCGAUAAUGAAAAAAGUCUACAAUGAAUUCUAUUGUCGACUAUUGUCGCCAAACGUAUUUUUUUCAAGUGGAGUGAGGCAUCUUACUUCAAUACGAUCUCUGCCUAGAGUCACACAUGCGCAAAAGCAUCUCCGCUGACCGGUAGGGUAUUCAAACAUGGUGGCACCGGUGUCCUAUACACCACUCCCAUACAGCAGCUAUGAGUAGGUGCUUAAAAACCUCCAAAGUUUGGGAGCACAGCCUACAUAAGACGGAAAAAAAAAUACUUGUUAGGUUUGCAAAGCAGACCUUGUGUAUCAUGGCAGCAGGUAGAACAUUUGAGAAGAAGGCAUGUAAUUAUCCGAUUAGUCGAUUGAUCAUUUCAGUAGUCAGUGACUAGCCGACUAUUAAAAUAGUCGUUAGUUGCAGCCCGAUUCACAAAACAAGCAAAGCCUAAGUUAGUUGAGUUAGCAUCAAGCUUCCAAAAGGAAAAAUUUGCCAUUACAGUAAUACCUGCAUAUUUCUGCAAAAACAGUCAAAGAAACAGAGAUACUGUAUGUCCGAGUACAGGUAGUGAGGGUAACCAUCUUCACAUUGUGUUAAAAAUAAGCAAACAAUAAUAUUGUGACUUUGUUGUAGUGGUCCAUUACAUAGGACUGAUAGAUGAAGAAGAACUGAGCAGACGUUAGCCAGCCCUCUGACAGAAGAUAACAAACUUUGAGGGAAUCAGAAAACAUGUUUUGAGAUUGUGCCUCUUGCAGUUACUAAUCAUUUAUUCUUACUCACAAGUUUUCAAACAUUUCAAAAAAAAAUUUCAGAUCUCCAAAUUACAAUCUAACAGAGGUAGUAUACUUUAAAAUAAAAGCAUAGUUUGACAACACAGGACAUAAAGUAACGUGGAUGCAAUGACAGCAGCAGCUGAGUUACAGGACUGAGUAUCAGCAGUUUGACAGCAUGUUACGUAAGUACCUUUACAGAUUUUACAAGAGUUUGGAGAGUUGACCAAAGCAGAAGAAAAAAUGCAGUUGAUGAGAAAAACAAAGGCAGGGGAUCUGAGGUAAAGCUAAUCGUUUGACCAUGAUUGUAUAACCUUGUUCAGUUGACAAACGGUACGAUCGUUUUAGGACUGAGGCCCUGGGUUGCGCAGCUGCAGCUGAGCUGUUUGAUGAGGCGUUCGCUGACAUGACCUUUUGUUGAAGACAAACACCUAACAUGCCGGGUUAGCAAAUAGAUGAUAUAAUGAUGCGGUUCUUAAUUUAUUAAGAGGCUUGUCCUUUUUAAUCUAUUUCUUAAUGAGAUCAUUUUAUUACCUGUUAACUGGCUGACACAUUUGAUCUAUUCUCAGGUCGUUUGCACAUUGACUCGUGGUAAUGAGAAGGAACUUGAGGACAGCAGACCAGCUGCCACACCUCGUCAGGGUCCCAAAGCGUCUUCCUAAAAGUGACACAGCACUGUGUCCUCUGUAGCAUAUGCAGGAGGAUAAGCUGAGGAGAGGAGUUAUCUGUCAGGGUGACAGGGUGCUUUAAUUCCAGAUAAAGUGCUUCCUCCAGAUAGAAAGGCUCUGGACUACAGACAGGUGGCUGCUCACAAUCUUUUAGUGGAGAUUGAAGGAAAGGCCGGGCAGGCCCUGGCUCUGAGGCAGCUGAUAACACAUUUUAUCAGUUCUGAUGGCACAUCUUCUCAGGAUAGCAACAACAAAGCAUGCAGGAUUGGGCAAAUGUCUUACACAGACCAAUUUAGAAGAAACAAAGAGUUUCUUUUCUUGUCAUCUUUUGAGGUAGGAGGCAGAGUUUGUCCUUAUCAGCACUUAUCAGCUUGAGAGAAACAUGUGGUUGUGUUUUGGCAUUUGUGACUCUAUCGUAGGUGUUCACUCUGAAUGUAAAAAGAGUCUGUUUUGCUUAUAAAUGAGUGUUUGAACAACAUCACACUAAACAGUGUAUCUGUUUUUAUAAACUGAAAAUCUAAAAACCUGCAUUUCAUUGACAAGAACUUUGCAUGAGGCAGAAAUUGUUUUAUGCUGUACAGCAGUACAGUGUGUCCAAUGGCUGGCUCAGACUUGCAAUCUGGCAUCUCAAAGAAACAGCAUUUGGGCCGGUCCAAUGGGCAGUAAGGUUGGGACCAAGAAUGUGGGAAGAAUGAUUUGUGAGAGAAAUGUCAGGGCUGAACUGCAGUUUUUGUUUGCAAGGCUGUGCUGGCUACCUAUUGUGGUUUUUGGCCAGACUCUAGGUGCUUGUAGUGGGAGGAAAGGGAGGAGGAGAACAAGUUGUAAUUUAAAAAUGAGGAAUCCGCUUUUGUCAACCUUAAAACCUGUUGUCUUUGGUAAUGCAGUCAGGACCUCCCUCAAUCAUAUUGUGUUCCUCAUCCUACCUGAAAUCAAAGAAGUUCACAGGUAUGAUAAAAUGGUUUGUCAGUGUAUUUGUCUUUUACAGUUCCGGCUUUGUAAAUGGGAGAAAUGACUGAUAACUGAUACUAGAGGAGCUUUCCUAGACAAAGCUUUGCAGUCCAGGUAAGGCUACAUCAGCCAAAACAGGGCUUCAAACAACAGCCUGGUGAUUUAAAUCACUAAAAAAAGAGCUGGACUUCCUAACACUAAGAACAUCUACGCUGUGAUUAGUUGAGAAAGAGGACUUGAGUGAGAUUGUAGGGCCUUUAAAUGUUUGAAGCAAUCUUAUUGGAUGUGAUGUGUUGGGAUUAAAUCUUUGACUGGACUUAGACUGGGACCUCUUCCUUAGCAGCAGAUGGAAAGGUGGACAAUUGGAUUUCCACUUGUUUUAACAGCAAUGUUUAGUUUUGCUGUAUGAACCAAGUCACCCAUUAUAAAAUUAGUGUCUUUGUUAACUGAUAAAGGGUUAACAGGGGUUAUAUUUUUAUUUAGCCUACUGUGCCCAACAUCCACCUGAGACUUUAGUCAGAGAUAACACUACCUGUGAGUGACUCCUCAGGUGAUCAGUGACUAGGGCUGUAAUCAACUCAAGUAAAUCUUGGUCGAUUAAAACCCUGAAACUAACCAAAAAUCGACUAAACUGGGGUUCCGACUCUGAUGACAAACCCUUCUGUGGUGGAGGAUUAUGCGGCUCAGCGGGGUAAAAAUAUACUGAUAUCAGGACUCAUAUGUAAGUCGAAAAGCUCUAAAUAAAAAUAAAUAUUCAGAAAACUACCGGACACCAGUUAAAUGUGGACGCUCUUCAAUCUUCUGUCUCCAGUGGGUUGGGUGAUUCCAAAAUGGUGAAAACAAGGGGGGUGUUCUGAGACAGGCUGUUACCUGUGAAAUGGGGGUGCUCUGAAAAGACCUCCAUUAGCACUCGGUACGUUCCUCCUGAUGAAAUUAACCACAGACUGUAAAAAAAUGGAGUUGACCAAUCAGAACUUUGGUCGACUCAGCAUGUAUCGACCAAUAAGUCAACCAGUCGACUAAGACUUUACAGCCCUAUUAGUGACAUAUUUACUUUUUUAGCCAAAGGUCGGGCAAGCUAAUGCUAGUUAAUUUGAGCUUGCAUACAUGCACAGCAGCAACUGAACAGUUUGGCUGGCACUGGCUACUGAAUUCUAGCAUUAGCUAAACUAAACUAACUCUGCGGCUCUACAGUAUCAAGGGAUGCAGGUUUUUUAAAUGUGAAUGAUUGUUUGUUUGAAGGUAUUCAACAGCACAAGCAAUAGGUUGUUUGUUGAGGGGCUGAUCAGCAGAUAUCCACAGGCUAUGAUAGAACAAGAAAAAUAAAAAAAGGACACAAGUUUCACUACCCUGUCUGUCAGAAUGACUGACAGUGAAUUAGUCUGGUCCAGCCUCUGAUGGAUUCAUUCCUUUCCUCAGUACAUCAGCUGAAAGAGUUAUGGAUGACAAUACACAACAAGGUUACAGCGUUUCUUGGAUCCAGGUUGAGGUGAGCUGCCAUUUUUCAUUGGAACUGCUAAGAGGUGAAGAUUUAGGAAAGUCUCAGUAUCUUAACCUUCAGACCUGCAGUCGGUGACGCCAGCUGUUUCAGAGUGGAUUCAUGAGAACUGAGUGUGGGAGUUUCACAAUGACGAAGUGUCUCUUUACAUCUAGAAUAACUCUGACAUACUCAUCAGUGGGUUUAAAGUUCAACAAUAGAGCAGCUGGCCUCUUGAAAGCGGUUUUGUCUCUUUGCUUGUGAGGAGAAAAUAAUUGGUGGAACAACUUUAAGAUCUUGCUUUCUUACAUUAGUAGUAAUUUUCGCUCUAAUACUACAAAAGAGAAACAAUACAGAGAUGGACUUGGUUGGUAUCAGCCAAGGAAAAUGCAGGAUGAUAACCCCAGAUCUGUAUAACUGUUGUGAUAUUCAUUUGCAUUGUAUGUUACUUGAUAAUGUUCAAAUGUGAAAGUAGAGGCAGAUUAAUUUAUGGGUCAGGUUGAGCCAUCAGGCCAGUUAUUGGCAUUUUAAAAUGAACCGCAGCUGCCAAUGCCUGUGUUCACAUGGACUGUCUAAAAGAUAAAACAAGACAUUGUAGGCACCAUGCAGUGGUUGUUGUCGAACAGUGUUUACUUCCCCUAACAUGAUACAGGGUUUCCCCUAGGAUUUUUUUAAGCUGUGGUGCUGGGCUGCACGGGAGGCAGACAGCUGCGCUAUGUUGUGCUACUGCUGCUUCGCUGGCGGCAGCGAAAUUGUUUUGUAUCAUGACAAAUAAGGAUUUUUAUGAAUAACAGUUAUUUAUUUUUUGCCAGUCUUGAACAAAAAUAAGAGCAUUUCUACCAUUUCAACCAUACUACCAUUUCUACUGGCAAAGCUUGCAUCCUUUCUGAUAGCACUUCAUUUUUCUUGAUUUAAAAAAAAAACAAUUUGGGCUCUCUUAUACGGGAACUCAGCAAGAGGUGGCCCAUUUAUGGUCAUCAUGAGGCAUGCUGCCAGAUGGUCCCCCUGCAGCCUGUUCCUCAGGUCUGUUUUCACCUACACAAAAAUAUAAUAAUAAAAAAAGAUCUGGGAAAUUAAGACAAACAAACCAUCUCCAACAUGAAUUGUACACAUGACCAGAUAUCUUACUCUGUUCAUUGUAGAGAAAUCUCUCACAGUUCACUGUAGAGAUGGGCACUGUCAACGCAAUGGCAGACAGCUGGCUCAAGCAAGGGUACAGCAGUCCCCAUUCAUCAGUCUGUGAUGCCAUCUUUGACAUCAUGCUGACCUGGUCCAUGUUCUGAAACACCUAUUAGGACUACACUGAGAGUAGGACUACACAUAUCACACCUGAGAGUACAUUUUAGUUUAUGUUAUGUUUAGUAAAAUGUUAAUUUUCAAUGUUUAUACAUAUAUUGUGCUGGUCAUUGUCUCACCCACUCUCUUAUAGUUGAGAUCAGCUGUUAAAAAAAAAGUAUUGGCCAUCCAUUAAAAGAAAGAGCACUGAAAUAGUGCAUUCUCGGCAAAAAAAAAAAAAAAGAAGAAGAAAAAAAACAGAUUUAAAAUGUGAUUAUUAUUUCAACACAAACACAAUCCUUUCCCUGCAGGUUGUGAAGUUUUAUAAUAUUUAUAACACAUACUUUUCUUUGUGGAAACAUUCCUGUUUAACCUGCUUCAGGCUUUCAACUUUUUGGUAUGAUGUAGGAAUAAAUAUUUAGCCUUGAGUCUAAAUAACUGGGCAGAUAUUCUGAUCAAAAGCCAAUGAACAGGAGCUGUUUUACAAGACUUUUUAAUAAUGGCUCGAGCAGCUAGGCGAAGGGCUGAUCAAGGUGAAGUAUUUACAAACCAAUGAUCAAACUUUUGGUACCAAAACAAAAUCCCAUACCAGGACACUUUAUUAUCCGAGAGGAAAUGGAGGAGAUCUAGUUGUGAAAAUAAGGAGUUGUAGUCACUUGAACCUGGAGUCUGGAACAGUUACUUUUGAUGAAGAGUUAGAUUUUAUUGCAGCGAAAUACUUCACUUAUCACAGUCAUAUACUGUAAAUGAUGCUCAGUCUGUUAGACAUUUGAAGCAGUCUGUCAGGCCAAUGGAGUGGCUGGUCAAUUAAAUGAGGAUGAUUUAUUUGGUCAGAUGGAUGUCUCACACUCUCUGUCCCUGGGCCCAGGUGAGUCAGACUUGAAGUGUCUUCUUAAAGGUUACUGUCAUGAUAAAUCCGGCUUGAUGAAAACAGCUGUCUGGGGCUUUAGUUGCCAUCUGUUACAGGUCCCAGCUUUGGGAUUCCUGUUUGUGAUGUCCCGAACUUAACCUCAGAAUAAAACACUCUAGGUCUAUCACAAUGAAAAACAAACGACUGUCAAUUUUUCUUGCUUUCAACAACGGUCUCUUCCAGCUCGUGUCUGAUUUAAUGGGCUGAAUACCUUCAUAUUGAUCUGUUAGCUAACAGCAGUGCUGACCGAGUCAUGAGAAACUUGCAUGGUUUUAAACAUGUUUAAUAGCCAGAGUUAACUGCUCCCUUUAGGCCAGUGAAAACUCUCAUGCUUGUUAUAUUUCCCAUCAGGGGUCAUGGGUUGAGGGUGAUCUCAACUGUCAUUGAGUGAGAGGCUAAGUAAACCCCAGACUGGUCGCUAGUCAAUCACAGGGGACACAAAACCAAAAAUACACUUACACCUAAGGGCUUCAGAGUGACCAGAUAACCUAAAAAAUGGAUCUAUUUCAGUUCAAUCCUGGUGAUCAGCUGUGAGCAUAUUUACUCGAUUAAACAUGGUGGAAAUGUGCGUGACAACAGCCAAUCAGAGUCGAGCUUUUAUGGCUCACUUCUGUAAAUUGCCGCAGAGUAACAGGGGAAGUUUACAAACAGAAUGACCAACGUGGGGCUAAACACGGAGCUGACGGCAGCAAAAUAGAUGUCAGCCCUUCAUUGCUUUGAUUUUUCACGUGCUUUGUGUCAUUCUCCAGCGCUAAAAUAAGAUUCUGUAACAUAUUUUAAUAUCAUGAGCAUGGCUUUCAUAUACUCUUACUAUUUAUUUCAGAUGAUAUCUGGCCAUAUAGAUCGACGUGUGCUCAAUUUGGGCUAUUUUCUGGGAGUUAAUUAAUUUUCGUGUAUUCGAAUAUUCGGUUUCAAAAUGGUCGUUUAACCGUCAGUGAAAUUAACCAAUGGGAACAUUCCUACUUUAGAUCGUUUCUGCCUACUUUUUGUACCGUCUGCCAUGUUUUUUUCCUCAAAGUCUCUGUUCUUGUUCCUGUAGACUGCCUCUCACAAGACCAUUUUUCAAGGCACCCGGAAGAAAGGAAUCAUUAUUUGAAUCGUUAAUAUAUAAUGUAAUCAAUGUCAAUGAAUUGAACCUUUUGAAACUAGUUCUCGACAAGAACCAGUUCUCGAUUCCCAUCCCUAGUAUUGUGACAUCCUGAGUCACUGCAAGGGGAAUUUCCUCUAUCCAUUGACUCCUAGUUUGGAGUUAAUAAAAAUUUGCAGGCACUACAGGCUUGCUUUCAUGUACUGUUACAGCUAAGUUUUGAACAAGUGGUGUGUAUCACUAGGCCGGUCUCUGUAUCUAAGCCUAAAGCAGCCUGGAUCAUUCAUUUUUGAGGCUUCUGAAGACAUAAUCCUGCUGAGCACAUGCUUCCAUUGCACUUUCAUUGGAAAAUCUACUUCUACUCUUAUUUCUGGGUCUAACAUUCACUGUGAAACUUAGCCCGGGAAAAAGUAAACACACGCCUGUUUGGUCUGCGUGCUGGAAAACCUUCUGUAGGAAUUAAACAUGAUGACAGCCGUGACAGACCUUGAAAAUAACCAAAUUUGAAAAGCUUGGAAAUUGUGCAAAAGAGAGAAUCUGGAGAUGUUUUUGCCUGGAUGCUUUCAAGUUUGACCCUCACAUGGAUAUUGUCCUUCCACAGUAUUGAGUCCAAAAGUCCAAACUGGAGCUAAUCUGAUCACAGGGAUAGGAUCAGUUUGAUACAGAUCAGAAUGUGGAGUCACAGUAUUUAUCUGACUGGAUGAUUGACGCUGUGCUCAUCACAUCUUAUUCCUCAGCUAUGAAGAUAUGGCAUGGGAAACAUAUUUAGAUAUUUUAUUUAUGUGUAUGUGACAUUUGCCAUGUACUCACACACUGAGUAUGAGAGUAUAUUUUUUCUCAGUAUUAGUGGGGUUAAAAAACAUAUCAGUAAAUCUCAUAUGCUCAGGAUGAUUCAGACAGCUGCAAGAGUGAAAAGAACGCUCUGGAAUCUUGUGGUUUUGGCACAGUGUUGGUUAUCCAGAUGAUGAACUGGUUUGUUUCCUGAGGUCAUCGAGAAACAUAAGCCUUAUUUGAGACUGUUUCCUAAUGGAGAUAAAAACACAUUUAUUAGGUUAUACCACUGAUUAUUUGUAUAAAACUGAAUGUCAUUGAGAGGCCUGUAACAUAUCACUGGCUAAUGGUAAGGGACCUUUGUUGAACAGUCAUCACAGCUUAGCUCGAACAGAAACAUGCAUGUAACUAUACCACCAUAAUAUUCUGUGAAAUAGGGCUGCACGAUAUAUCGUUUGAGCAUUGUCACUGCGAUGUACGUGUUCGCGAUAGUCAUAUGUCAUGUCAACUCAUCUAAUUUCAAGGGAUUGCUGACUGAAAUACACUGCAUGUGACUCUGCAUGUGCUGUGCAGCGAUCCACCAGUCACAUUCAGUCUUUACUCAGUUGCUAAUCAGACUACCCUGCCAGCUGUCAAUCAAAAUCAGAGAGGAGGAAACCACGCCCCUGUACAUGGAGUGAGUUGCUGGCGCUGCUGGUGUUGUGCCGAGAAAUGCCUGUCCGUUGAUAAUUACUUUUGGAAUAUUACUCAUCACUGUUUAGCCCCACAAAUAAGAACUGCAUGGGUUCUAAAUUGUACAUUUCCGUGGACCACUCUAUUAUCCAUAAGCGGUUCCUCGUUUUGCGAGGUGUAUGCAAACCUAGGCUGUCAUGUGUUUCUCGGCACAACACCGGUAACAACAACGAUUGCAAAAUGAGCAACGAGCAAGAGAAAACCACGGAAAAUGAAAACGUCACUUAUCUGGAAUUAUUUCGGUUACAGGAAGGAUGACGUUGACCCAAACACGUGCUCUGUGUCGGCAGUGCCUUUCAUCUGUUGCCACAAUAACGUCCCAGAACAAUAAAAGCUAAAAAUAUCUCAGACAGACAGAAGCCAUUCUACAAACAUUCACAAAAAGAGGUAAGAUCAGUGCAGGUAAACUGUCCACAAAAUUUCAGCAGUGAAGUGCUAUUCAGGUCAUCAGGUUAAAAUUCCUGUAUUUUUUGAUAUCACAAUUUAUUUGCAGGGUUGAAAAAAUUUGCGAUGUUCUUUUUUUCCAAUAUCGUGCAGCCUUACUGUGAAAUGACAAGAAAUUGUUCUCUGCUGGGAGGUUCUUGACAGUCUAACAGCGGGAGACUACUUGUUGCGAGGCCCCUGCAGCCUGAGAAGUGUGUCAAAAACCUUUAAAUGUCAAUUCGCAGUGAUGGAAUAGGAGUCCCCGGUGCUGAUAAGUAUCAGAGUCAACUGCCUGCAGGUUUAUGAUGUCAUCUGACUUAGAGUUGUAAAACGUGUUAUUACAUUCUUAAUAAGAAACACAAUAGAGGAAAUAAAAGACUCUCUGUUGAAGAAAACAUGUUUUUUUUUUCCUAAAAAUGAAUCCUCUCUGGCUCCUGCAUGCUUCCCCAACCACAGUGCAUGAUCCAGACUCAAGGUCUCAGACAGUCUCUAGAGAAAUACUGCAAUCAAAACGCCAGUCACACUCUCCAGACCUGACUGAGAGGAUGGUCAUGGAAUGUGCUCCUCACAAUCUGCUCUUGGCUUUCCUCUCUGCCAAACCACGGAGAAGUUUUCACAUCAACAUAUCUGCAGGAUCUCUCUCAACCCCUUGAACAAAGCUCAUCUAGCAGAUUGUCUCAGGCCAGCAGAGGUAUUUGCAUUUGUUCAGUCAAUACAAGACAACAGUUUCCAUCUGUUCACCUACAUUACUCUGCUACUUCUUGGAUAUAGCAUAGCAAACUCUGAGCUUGUGCGCUUUGGGAAAAUGUGACUUUGAUUAGUAAUGUGGACUCUAUCCAAGCAGUGGAGUGUGUACACAGAGCUCAAAAGACUGGUCCAUUGUCUGGAUUAGUGCCGGAAAUGAUUUCCCUCUUCAAGGAAUUACGGUACAGGCGGUCCAAACUGAGCUUCACAGUAUGUGUAACAUAAUGACCGACCUGGACCGGAUUUCCUUGCUGAGCAGACAUUCAUCUUUUUUUCAUAUCUCCAAAGUUGUGCGCCAUGUCUGAGAAUUAAACUCAUACAUCCAGUGAUUGAAAGCUCAUGGACUCAGGGUGUUUACAUUUUCUCCACAUUAAUGAUUUUCAUGGGGUCUCUCGCAACUGUAAAAUUUGCAGUAGUCCCAAAGAGAUCGGGAUCUGUCUGCGCAGUAUUUCCUGGGAUUGUCAACAUCGCCCCAGUUCCUGUGGAGGAAAAUGCAUCAAACAUCAACUUUCUUGAUGCAGUUCUCAGUUAUCCCCAAACAGGCUUGGUCAAAUACUGCUUUUUGGAAAAAAAGUGGGCAACAGAUCCAAGAAAACAUGGAAGGGGUGAGAGGAAAACAUGAAUACCCUGAGAAAUACACUUACAUUUGUAUCAAAUUCCUGCAGUUUGAGGGAAUAAUGAGUGGAAAAUGCUCAAUUUGUAACAGACUUUGGGAUUCGAAGUUUCAGAUCACAUGGAGUUUGUAUUCAAAAGGGCAGCAAGUGAAGCAGUCAGGUUGUACAGAGACAGUGUAGCCACAGUGUUAGAUAUUCACACAUUCACCAAAGGGGUUUUUAUUCCAGAGAUGAUAAGCCUAGAAGUAGAGCAAAGAAGUCGGUAACAGAAAGUACUCAGUCAAGGUUAAACUAGGAAGUAAGGAUCGAACAAUAUGUUUUUUUUAGGGCCAAUAUCGAUUUGAUCACUUGUAACCAAGGAAACCAAUAACCGAUAUUUAGAACCGUUAUUUAUUUGAAUGUGUAUUUUGGUAUCAAAUUAUGUGUGAAUAAUUUGCAAGUUUAUAUGUUUUAACCUGUAUGUAUCCAGUGGGUCUAAUGAUUUUGCGUUUUGAAACAGACGUAUUUUAUUGGCUAUGGGUGGAAAAAACUGCAGAUUAUUGUAAAAAUGCUGAAUAUCAGAUAUUAUCGGCCUUGCUGAUUGUUGGUUGAUCCUUACUAGGAAGUCAUGCCCUAAAAAUGAUGUUCAGUUACUCUUGCUGACAUAUUUAAUUGACCUGUAGUAUCCCCCCACCCCAUGAGAACAAAAAUACUGCUCAGCUUUAUAGUUGAUGGUCUGUCUAUGUGUGGGAAACACUGAGCUGGAUGUUUAGACAGUCUACGCUUUGUUUUAUUUUCAUUUCCACACUCGGGACAUUUAUCGCCUUUUCCCCUUCCUUCAUGAUUAUGGAUGUAAAUACCUUAGGUCCACAUUACAGCAUCAGCAGAGGCAUAAACACUCAGUAUGUUUGCAUGUUCAAAAAUCUGAUGAAGUGUGUGUUUGACUGUUAAUAUGUUAGUGACAGGUGUAAGUAAGGGGCAUAGGGGAAAGAUUCCCGUGUAGAGCAAUCUGAAGAGAUGAUCCCUGUUCAGGGUCUAAGAGAGACAGUGUUUGUUUUCUUGGCUCAGCACCAUGUCAUUAAAACCAGCUCAUCCUUUCUAUGACUCCAGCACCAGGCUGUCAGUAUGCCCCUCAUUCCAGUUUCUAAUUACGCUAAAAGGUCACCCAUGAAAACUUGAAAAGGGCUGUGACAAAUAUGAUUCGGAUAAAAAAGUAACUACAGCCAUGUGCAGUUUGUCUUUAGUGCUUUUGCAAUUCCAGCUGCGGCUGGUUUCAACCAAGUACUUCCUGUGACUUCAGAGUUGAUAAAAAACAGCAGGAGCACAUAUUUGUUUUGAAAGCCUGCUUCAAAAUGGAAAAUUAAAUUGUGUUUUAAGGUGAAGUAGGAGAAGAGCAAUUUUAGAGCAGGCAUUGUGUUCAAAGUUUAAACUGGUAAUUAAAACAGUCAUCUCCAGCAUCACACUUUUACAGCUGUGUUUGUAGAUUUAACACUGUUGUUGACAUUCAAUGGAAAUUGGUUGUUUUCACUUCUCAGUGCUCGGUAUACACAAAAAGCUUCUGCAGCACGAAACAUCCUACAGCAGAGCUACAGUGUUACAGGUAAUAUUACCAGGACACUAAUCAAAAGGGUUAGUCUCACCCUUUAAAAGUACAGUGUGAUACCUACCAGCCAGAUUUGAUUGAUCACCGAGUGCAGCGGAGUUUCGCAGCUCAAGGAAGAACAUUUGUGAUUAUUACUUCAUGGGAAUGCAAUCAGACCGAGACGCAAAGGCAGAAGAACUACCGCUUCUGCAGUGCAAUAUGAUAAUUAUGAUGAUUAUUACUUCAUGGAAAUGAUCUGCUGCUGCACUCGGUGAUCGACUCGUUAGGGCUCCCCAACAAACAAGCAACUGCUGGAGGAGAGUGGGUGAGUUGUGUUUGGUCUCUUUGCUAAAGAAAUCAGGCAAAGUUAAAAAGAUGUUUGAUGGCUGGUACUAUGGCUGGGACCCUAUAUGUACUGUUGAUGAAGUUAGGUGCUGUUCUGAGCAUUAUUUGUGGCUAUAGAGUGGCUUUUUGGUUGAGGUUUGCACAUGGAGACAUAGACCGCUGUGUAUUGCUAUUGUGUGGUCAUUGCUGAAGUUGGUAUAAAUAGAGAAGCAAGCAGUAGGCAACAUUCAUCUCUUGAUGGGGUGUCUAUCUCAGUGUUACGUUGUGUUUGACCGUAACUUAAUUUCACGCCAGAAUAUCCCUUUAACAUGAGAUACUUUACUUGAGUUGGCUAAAGCUUUUACAGAUUCAGGUAUGACUGUAAUAAGGCUGCACAAUCAAUUACAAGUUUAUCAAUAUACCAAAUUUAGUAUUUGUAAUUAACAAACCACAAAAAUAUUAAUUUAAUAAGAGAUCAUUUUUGUUUUUUUUCUAGCAAAAACUAGAUGAUGAUUAAUUACCCAUAUAUAUAUAUAUAUGGAAAAAAACAGCACAUUUAUAUGUUUUUAGUAUGGUUGAUAGAAAGGACAUCACAAUGUGUUUCUUUAUCCACUCUUGUGCAGCCCUUGACUGUAAUAUCUGUCAGGGCCUGUCAGCCAAAUCAGUCAUUGAAUAACAGCUGUAAAAGUUUGAGUGUUAGUGGGGGUCAGAUUCGCAUGCACUGUAGUAACACUGCCGCAGGAAAGGGAAACUAAAAGUGAAGACUGUGUUAAAAAUAAAAAAACUGGAUAGGGUUGAAUUUUCUGGUGUUGGUAGAAACAUCUUGUGUGGGAGAAAAUGUGUGAGACUAACUUUGCAUUCAGAGGAAAACAUCAGCGUCUGUGACAGUGAUAAACUCCAGUCGUAGACAGUUCUUACAUUGGCUUGAAGUAAACUUAGAUGAAACACACGGUUUCAAACACUUCCAAAACUAACACACCGGAUUCCUCCAGAUGGUCCUGUAAUCAUCUUUCAUUAUCCAAAAUGAUUUCAACACAGCAUUUUCUCUUGCACUUUGAGGCAUUUUAGUCUCCCUUCCUGCACUCUCAGGUUCUUGUUUACAGCUCCAUUUCAUCAGUGUGCCCUCUGACUACCUUGACUUUGAAGCACUGGAUUCUGGACUUGUUUUUAAGAAUCCAGCUUCAAUUCCGUUGCUGAAUGCAGUUAGCUUUUGUUGUGGUGUGCUAAAUGCUUCACGUUAUUGUACAUCUAUAUGUCCCAUGCACUUUGUACAGCACAGGACACUUGGAGAAAGUGCUCGGCUGUUGAUGUUUCAGACUUUUUACAGUUCAAUACUUUAACAUUUAUGGCAGUAGUCAGCUUUGCCUGUUGGAAAAAAAAAGGUAGACUCAUGCUAAAUUGGAAGAUAUCUGCAUGUGAUUUCAGAAUCUGUAGGUAAGUGGAAAUACCCUGUUUUCUAUUUGCAGUCUCAGUCCUAUUGUCCAUAAGUAUCCCUGCAGGUAACAGCUACACAGAAGAGGAGCCGUGUUAAAAGCAAAAGAAAAGGAGGUAUUUUCUGCAAGACAACCCAGAUUGCUUCCCCUAUAGCACUUUCAGCUGGAUUUGUUGUGUGAAAGCUGUGAAUGUUGCUGCGCUGUUACUGAGAAUUAUUGCUGCAGCUACAUCGAAAGAUACAUUUCUGUUUUCCAGAUGAAUAGGAAGUUAUAUUACUGUGUUUUGGUCUGAGAGUUACAGCUCAGCAGCUCUGCCAGCAAUUAGGGCCUGCAGUCAUGGAAAUGAAGGUUCCUUAGGACCCCUCCUUUGAUUGCUGCAAAUUGUCUUGGAAUCAUAACCCAUCGUGUUUGAGCACAAAGACAUCAUGUAAAUAUUCUAAGAUUCAAUGUGGCUUCACGUUUUAGGAGAAAAUCAAUCUUGAUACUUAUUCGUCCAUAGUAAAUAAAUGUGCAAGCAUCUAUUCUGACUGAUAGCUCGAUUGUGUAUCUGCGUCUGUGUGUGUAUCUGGGUCUUUGUGUGUCAUUUUUUUAAAGUUAGCAGACUUGUUGUCAAGAGUUAAAGGCACUCUGCUUAUGUUAUUAUUUAUUUUUUUCUCCAGCAUGUUCAGAUAGAUCACAAGAAACCUCUAGUGGGCCGUUUGACCUUGCCAGGUUUAGCGCUUGAUGUCAGCAGGUCAAGAGGAAGAGCUUUAAAUAAAGCCACUUAAAAGCAGGUCCCAAAUCGUCAGAUAGAUAUCACAGCUGAUUUGAUGGAGGCAGGGUGUCUUGGGAUAACUGGACAUCACACAGAGGACAGGGACACAAUCACAGUUAUUUACGGUAGCAGGAAGCUUCGUCUGAGCGUGAGCCUCAAGAUAUACAAUCCUCAGGUGUCCUAUGGUUUCCCCUCUCAUCCCUUUCUUUAGCAGGAGACCCUUGGGUGCCCUGAGGUUCAUUUUUCUACCUCUUGAAGUCUGGUUGUGAAAGCAGCCUUACGUGUGAUAGAUAGGUGGGCUCUGUUAUUGCCUCGGCCCUUAGGGGAGUCGGUACGACCCCCUUGAGGCUUCAUUUCUCUGGCAUAGUGCUAUCCCUGGAUAAUACCGCUUUUAUGAAGGUCUCUUUCACAUUCCCUGUCAGCGUGUCAGCACGACAUACAGUAUGACCCCAAUCUCAAAGACAAUACUGCACUUUCUACAGCCUAGAACAUGGACCGCAGAGGUCUCUGGGUAAAAUUAUGGACCCUUGUAAUAGUUCACGUUGCAUCCUAAUGUUUGAGCUCACAGUGUACAAGGAAAGGGUGUGACAGUGUUCUCGUGGUGGUUUAGAAGAAAGGAUCCUCACAAGAACUGAUUCCAUUUCAGUCUUUGUGUUGUAGUCGAAUGUAAGACACACUGGAGAUACUUUCUUCCCGUCCUUUUACUGCCUCCGGCGCUUUUCUUCGUCUCUGAAUGGGAUAGAGCUGAAAUCUUCACUGACUGUCUGAGAGGAAUAUCAGAGAGUUUUUUUUUUCCACGUUAUUGUUAUCCCCAACAAUGUAGAGUGUCUCCUAAGAUGUCAGCCUUAAAAGCAACUGCCAUAGCGAUUGUGAAUAAUGGAUGACAUUGAUUUUCAUCUUCUGUUGAAUUUCUUGCAUAUAUCUCAACUUGAUGGCUUAUUUUUACAUAUCUAAAGUGGAUCUGUAAACGCUCGGGCCUCUCAACCCGCUCUCUUAUGCUUUGUUCUCAGCUGAUGUCUGAGCCACUUUCCUCACGGGGCUCCUUGGAGGUAGCAAAGCUUGGGCAUAAAAGUGGAAGUAGCACAGGUCCCCCAUCUUUCAUCGAGGUGUUCCUCCUUAUCUUCAAAUUUGGAGAUGAACUGGGCCAUGUUUGUAGGCUGCCUUCUUUGGUUAUGACCCGAGUCAUGCUGUAUUUGAUUGUGCCAGCCAGAUGUAAAGUAGAGCAUCUUGCAGAUAAUCAUGCAAAAACCGCCUUUGUUUCUGGAGCUGGAGCAGGAGAACAAACACUUGGAUGUGCUGUUGAACCCUAGAAAAAAAUCUUUGAUUCUUGUUGAGUGGGAGUGGAGGUAAUUAGGGAAACAGAAAACAGCUAAUCAAGGCGAUGCACACGCUUGUUGUAGCGCUGUGUUGUUAGGAGAACAUGUGUCGCAGUUUGAAGAAAUAGAGCGUGGUGCUGCUGCCAAAGUAGUUAAAACUGCAGAGAGAAGCAAUAAUGAGACUGUCCUGGCUAGUCCGGCGAAAUGUAUCUAUUGAUCAUUUGAAAAAUUCCACAGAAACCAGCAGAGAAUCUGUUCUCAUUUAAAUCUGGCUGGGUGUGAACAGCUUUGGUUUCUACAUUCAUCUAAUCUGUGGGGUUCAUGGAAAACAUUUUUUUACACAAAUUGAAAUAAAGUGGAAAGUCAUUUUAGGUCGUCUUGUUUUUAAAGGGUUAUUCCGUGAGAGAUGAAUGUUGCUGACUGCUCGCUUCUCUAGUUAUACCAACUUUAGUAACGACCGCACGAUAGCAAUACAGAGCGGUCUACGUCUCCAUGUGCAAACCUUAACCAAAAUGCCACUCUAUAGUCAUAAAUAAUACUCAGAACAGCACCUAACUUCAUCAACAGGACAUAUAGGGUCCCAGCCACAGCACUAGCCACCAAACCCCUACACAAGACUAGUCAACAGCUCCUGUGUUGGGAAGCUAGCAAAGUUUACCUUUUAUGAAACUAAUGCACAUAGCAUUGUAGUGUCACAAAAAAACAUUUAUUUAAAUCAUGUUUAAAAGUUCCUGUUCCUAAAGAACUUUUUAAAAAAGUAUCCUAGGACAUAGCAAAGAUUUGUGACACUGAUGAUUUGUGACUCUUGAGAUCUAGACUUUGCUAUUUUAUUUUAUCAAAGGAGUCUUACCAUGAGUAAGGGGCUACAACAGCAGCAAAGAAAGACUCACUCCAUUUUAAUAAGACAGGACUGAGCUCUUAGUGGACAGCUGUCUGCCUUUGUCAGUGGGGUCAGGACAGAGAUCAAAUUCUGGUGACAUCUCUAGACAAAGCUGAUGGUGUUUUUAUUACAUCACACUAUGUCCAGACCUAGGACCGCUGCAUGCAGACGUGAAGAGGAGGGAGUUUAAAUGGAGCAACAUACUACUACCUGCCUAAGAAAUGAUGUUGACUUACUAACAUAGAAACAGUAUUCUGUUAUGUCAUAGACUGUAUAUAGAAUGGACGCCGUCUUCCUCCUCGCUGGGUGAAGUCACCGCUGCGCAAGUGGUGGUUCCAGGAAGUGGAGGAAAUCCCGGAAAUAUCGAGAGCAAUUUGGCUUCAAAUUCGUAUAAUGGUGGAAGGCAGAACUAAGUUAUCCAUAGUAUAUACAGUCUGUGUUCCAUACAUGUGCCCUCAAGGUGAUUGUAUCCUGCUUAAUUGAGGGUUUUGCAGGUGUUUAUGAAGGUAGCAGUGUUACGGUGCAUUUGCAUGUUUACAUUCUACUGAUACAGAGGAUGAAUUCACAAGGAUCAGCUCUCUGUGAGCUGAAAUAAGGGGCUACCUCAAAGGGAUUUCAAAUAGGCGAUUACUGUAGAUUAACCUGGGACAAAGUGGAGCGGUGACAGCAUGACAACUUUCAGGUUAUGUGACUGACAUUACAUGUACUGCAUAGGAACUAAAGUAUUGUGCAUGUGCGUGCCACAGUUGCAAUGUAAAAAUGAUGUAUCAUUCAGCCCUACAAUGCAUGCAUUUGAAUAGAAUACAGAUCUUAUACUUUUCUCUGUUCAAGAUAGCUUUUGUAGGAUGAGGGUGAGUGCCAAACAUUGAGUCUGGGUUUUUUUUAGAUAAAGUCUGUCCCAACACAGGCACUAAAACUCAGUAUAGAGAAAUAACCAACCCUGAUUGAUCUUUGAAGGUCAUGAAAAGGCAAAUGAAAAACUCCUCACAGUGCCUUUAAGAUAAUAGCAGUAGUUUAAAAUUGAUGUAAACCAGGGUAUUUGUCCAUUGACAGUUUUAAUGUUUCUUUUCCUGUUGAGAAAGCAACUGAAAUGCAUUGGUACAAGCAGAGAUCGGUCUGAGAGCAAGUCUGGCAUUUUGUUGCCAGGUUUGCAUCUUUUUCAAACUCUGCCUUCAAGGUCCACAGCUCAGUCCUCAUCCAGUCUUCUAUACCUUUAUCGGAGUCCUUCCAAAAUAAUCCCACAUGGUGCCAGCAGCUUUGAGAAUAAUGAAGUCCGGCAGUGAGAAAUAAGAAUAAAAAGGACGUUGCAUUUAAAAUGUGAAAAUCUAAAGUUGUUAAGUUAGUUUAUAUAAGUCCUACAGUUUUAGAUUUUAUUUGCAUGUCAAUAAUAACAGUUAUAUUCUAUAUACAUCAGAUUCAGACCACAUUAACCUUGCAUACUUAAUAAAAGGUGAUAAGAAGAUUUGAAAAUACAUCUGGAUGCUUGAGUUGGAGCUGCCCUGCUGUUUCAUAUGUUGAAGGAACCAGCAGCAGACAGUUCUCAUGAGGCAGCCAGGAGCUGGGCCCCUGGUGCUGCCGUGGACAGACUGCUGUUGACAGGUGUCUGGGGCUGAUGAAUUGCCAGACAUGAAAAAGGGCUGCCUGGUGGUGGGAGGCUGGAUGGGCACACUGGGCACUGCAGAAGAUUAGUCUUUCUCUGCAGAGAGGAAUAACUGCAGAGAACAACAAAACUAAAAACUUCAUUGUUUGGAGGCAGAAGGCGAGUCAAAAAAGCAUUGUCUUUGUUGAUUUGAGACAAAGAGAAGGCAGUGCUGUACGAGGCAAGAUUUGUUUUCUUUUUAUUUAAGUGGAACCAUAUAUUUAAGGGACAGCCCUGACUUACUGUAAAGACACUCUUUAUGAGCCUGUAGGUGAGAGCCUGGAGGGCUGAGUGUAAACCAAGGCUGAGGGAAAGGAACUGACACUUGCAUGUUGCUGUGGUCAUGUCCAAACCUUGUCACAGUGGGAAAAUAUAUCAGUCUUUGGGCCUGUCUUAAGGUGGUAAUUAGACUUUUUUUUUGGAAAGGAUUCCUGGCUGAAAACAGCUUUCCUGGAGCUGCACUGAAAAACCCACAUGUACAUGAUGUGCACAGGUAUAUCUAUCAGUUAUUUCUGCAGGGUCCAAACUGGCAUCAGAUCCAACCUGGCUAAAGAGUGGUUUCUUUCUAAUUUCAGACCAGAACUUGAUGCAAUAUUUACCGACUAUUUUGUCAGAUACAUGUCAGGCUGCAAGAAAAAAUGUCAUGCAUUGUGUGUCUCUUUUCUUGUUUUCAGCUGCUUGAUCCGACUACAGUGCACAUACUUUUUUGGAAAAGUUAAAAAUCACAUCUGUUUGCAUGAUUCAUACAGAUUUGGUAAUGCAUCUGUUUAUGGCUUUGUAGGGCUAAUAACAGUAAUCUGUCAAUAGUGAAACUAAUUAUCUAUGAGCAGAUGUUUCACACUUGCACAGACACAAGCCAAAUGUGAGAACAAAGACUGAAGCUGGAGCACAGGGGGGAUCUGUGCAGCUGUGUUCAGGUUGAGCGGGUCAACAUCUCGUCUCUAAAUUGGCAGUAAGCAGUUACUUGCACCAAACCACAUUUUUCUUGAAGGCAUAGUCAUUGAUGUAAAGAUGCAUGACAAUAUAAUCAGUACUGAUUUGUAGUCAGGCAUCAAUGUUUGAAUGUGUGCAUGAAAUGGUGAGUCUUAAAAAGCACUUUGAGUGAUUUUAAGUCUAGAAAAGUGCCACGGAUGCUGUUACUUCAACAUUUACAGGCCUUAAGCCUGAGAGCCUGAAGUUUGAGCGCAACAGAACCAUGCAAGCAUAAGCAAGAUUUUUUUUUUUUAUAGUGUAACUACAAGGUUUUAUGAAAACCUGGAAAAGGUCAGGAAACAGCCGGUGACUCCCUGUUGAAGAGCUGAGUGAUGGGGAGUGCAGAGUCAGCCCUUAGGUGACAGAGACAAAAACACUGUUUUUGUCAGGAGCCCAGUUUCUGCCACUUUUCAAUCUUUAAGGCUUUGAUAGAAAAGCUGAUAGAUGUCUUCUUGUGGAUUGAAGACACCAGUAUGAACAGAACAUUUGACCUUUAAAGGCUUCAUAGCGCAGGAAGUCAAACACUUAGCUUAUCGGCUACAUGUUUUGAGGCAAAUUUUGUGGCGGAUUUCGGACAGCAGGAAUCGCAAGAACUCACAAGGGAUGCACAUGCAAUCGUACGAUAACGAGUUGUUUCUAUAAAGACAGCCACAUAACCAUAUAAGCAGUAGAUUGUGUCCUUCCAGAGGAGGAAAUCCACUCUGUCCAGACCAGUAGAUCAGGCACUUUUGUGGAGACUGAGAAUUUUGGACUUCCAGAAUCAGCAUCUCCUGAUCCAUGGUGUCUACGGGUUAAAUCAAGUCUGAAAACCUUUGACUUGUUUGUCCCCGCCCACAUUUACAUGGUGUGAAGCCGGAUGUUUUAUCUUGUGUCUGUGCAUGACUUCCUUUCCAGCACAAGCUAAUCGGUGCUGAAUUUAUGCAGCAUGCUGUGGCGUCCGGAAAAAAUAGAAACCUGGCGGAAAGAAGCUGGUGGAAAUUGACACAGUAACUUGAACGGAAAGGAUCAGUGGCGAUCGGUGCCGACUGCCUUUUUGCCGUCAUUCCGCAUGCGGUGGAAAUUGGGGGUUAGCUGUCUCUCAAAAACUUACUGGCCAAUGAGGAUUCACUCAUGAAAAUCCCGCCCAUGUGUGAGGUUUGUGUCAGAACUAAAAGAAAAAGUCAGCUGGUGUCAAUGAUCAGAGUGAGACGAUCGGCUCAAACAGUGAUCUGCUAGUUCAGACUGAGACAGUUUCAUUAAUGAUGGGUAAAUCUAUAAUCUCUGAGUGAACAGCUGUACAGCCGGUUCACUGGGACUCUUCUGCCUCAUACUCACGCUGCCAGAUUAGAUUUACGUUUGAAGGAGGGUGCAGACGCAGCCCAGUCUUUGAAAUAGUAGCUUGGGUUUUUAGCCUUCUGCUUCCCGUUGAGACUGCGCUUUGCUCCAACAAUAACACUUUAAUCACAUUUGCUCCCAUUCUGCAGUGUUGCACGGUGAAGCAUGAAGAAAUUGGGCCUAAGAAAUUGAAAACAUCUAGAACCUUGUUUCCAUAAGACUUGCUCUGGCGCCACGUGUAUUGGUGAGACACAACUAAACACAACAAGUGCACACAGUGACACAAGUGUUGGCUCUGAUACAGCUCAGAUUUACCAAUAUUUGCCACACCUUACAGGGAUAACUUUACUUUUGACAUAGUGUCCUUUUAAGCCAAAUGAAUCCACUAUUUUCUAUUUUUAGUAUUAUUACUGGAGCAGCAGCCUCAGAUCUGAUCUGACUGGUGUAGUGAAUAAUUUCCCUGCAUUGUACAGAGUGAAUAAUUCUGACACUCUCCUUGUGUUGUUGGGCAGAGAGUGGGAGUCGGUUCCACUCCACGGUUUUAUUUGUGGAGGAAGCAUGUUGAUUAAUGACUGUAACUAUAUCUUUCAAGGCAAGAAAAGCUUGUGACCAUGCCAGAGUGGUGGAAGCAGAGGCAUUUAGCAUCCUCAUAUUGUUCUGAGCCAUUACCCGCUCAGGCCUGCUUGUAUUAUUACAUCGUAAAAACGACACUCCCAGAAUGGCUUUAGUGCCCCGUCAGUCCAUUCAUACUGACUGCACAAAUAAACACAUCGCAAAAGAAAACACUCAGAGGGGGGAAACAGAAUUCAUCAUGUUUUAGCAUCGGUGGGAGGAAAACACUGGACUUACCUGCACACUGCACCUCUACUUUAGUAAAUGUCCUUUAGACUUAGUUUGGACUGAUAUGUAGAAUGACUGGAUUUUUGAUCAGCCCUGUAUUCAACAGGCCAUGGAUUCACUCAUGUCAUCAACUGUUAUGGGUUUCACUUUCUUUUACAGUCUUUCUGGAACAGGUUAGAGUUACAGAAGAGGUGUUUGCCAGCAGCAGCUUUUGUUAAGCAAACUCAGACUGACCACAUUCAGGUCCCACUGUUUUCCUUGCGCUGCUGUACUGGACCGUGUCCAGACUUUUUGAUUGGUUUGGCACAGCUGAGGCACCACUUUGACUAGAGCACUGCGUGUUACUUGAUAAAAUAUUGUACCUUACUGUUUUAUUUCAUAUUUGUUAAGGAAUACUUUAUUUAUUUCAAAUUCAGAGUCACUGGUUUUCUAAAUCAUUACUAUUGAUGCAAACAUUAUAAGUUAACAUUAUUUUAUUGUGGUUAUAUAUUCAACAAGGAGAUGGUUUUGAAGAAUGUUUUGGAUAUUUCAGUCAUCUAUGCAUGUUACGGAGUCUAAAUUUUAGCAUGUUAAUUCGUAUUAAAUAAUAAUAAUAAUAAUAAUAAUAAUAAUAAUAAUAAUAAUAAUAAUAAUAAUAAUGAUAAUAAUAAUAAUAAUAAUAAUAAACUUUAUUUGUUUAGCACCUUUCAUGACAUGAGAUGCAGCUCAAAGUGCUUUACAGAUCAAGAACGAAGCACAAGUGCUUUACAGAGAAGGUAAAUGAUUAGCAAUAAAAUUAGCAAUAAAAAAUAAAAAUAAAAUAAAAAUAAAAAUAAGCAGAAAAUAAAUGCAGAAACAUAAAACAACAUUAUAAUAAUAGCAAACAGUGCGGACAUGAUCAAAUAAAAGCAAGAGUGAAGAAAUAGGUCUUAAGCUGUGUUUUAAAGUUAUCAACAGAGGUUGCCUGUCUUAUGUAAACUGGGAGUUUGUUCCAUGCUGUCGGCCCAUAGAAGCAGAAUGCUGUUUCUCCAUGUUUUUUUAAUCAAAUCAAAUUAAAGUAACAUUGAGUUUAAAGGGAUAUUUGGGCGAGGAGAGGUGGCUAAGAUUAUGCUCUUUUGCCGGCUGUCUGCCCAACAGUUGACUGGUUUUUACUCUAACCGGUGCCAUGAGUUGCAACUUUUAACCUGCUUUACCGUGUACAUGUUUGAGGCUCUUUUCUUCGAUUUAAGAUGCAGAAAUCUCUGUGUCUGCCUGCAUCAGAUGGGAUUGUGUGAAUGUUUUUGUGUGUGCAUGGAAAGGGUCAGCGUUUGAUAUUAGCAAAAUAAUUUGACAAGAACAAAAACUUCAUUUAACUGGACGAAGGUGCGUAAUCUGUUCCAGAAAUAAUGUGCAAAUAAGCAACCUCACUUUGGUUUCAGACACAGACCAUUUCAUAAGACCAUUAAAAGAAGCUCCUUCAAAUAUUUGAGGUCACAAAGUUGCCUGAUGUCUCUGGACAGCCGCAUACCAGUGAGAUAAAUCAGCAAAUGAAUAUAUCCUCACCUCAUUAACACCACAGACAUCAAUACUACAGACACAUUAGUGGCUGAGACCAUAAAUCAGAUCUCCUGGUAGUUUGGUGCCUGGAUGUUUUCAUACAUUUUCAGGCAGCACAGAUGUUUCUGACACGUGUCUCUGCGUGCUGUGAGAGCAGCCUGUGUUUGCCCAGACAGAGUAAUGAUGGUGAGCAGUGUGAGGCCGUGCUAAUCAGUCCAGACUAACCCCACGGGAGCUCUUUAAGUGGACGGGUGUCUCUUAUUUUUGGUCUAUCUGCAACAUAGCAGGAUAGAUUAGAGGAGAGCCUGUGCCGCCAUGCUGGCACAGCCAUGUGGACUCUUUCCACAAAAGCUUUUACACAAGUGUGGUUCCUGAACUAUAAAUACACGUACUUGUCGCCAUUGUUUCUCGUAUAAUGACUGGGCUUCUCCUGAGUGUUAAGCUGCAUCUUAUCCUUUGGCUGGAAAACAUGUUUGGCCACUGGUGAGGACCUCUGAAAGGUAAUACACAUAACAGUGGAAAGUAAGAGUGCAUCUGACUUCCCAUUUGGAGUCGCUAUAAAAUCCUGAACUUGUGCAGAUGAGGCUGAAAAGACAGCUCCACUGUUUCCACCACUCUGUUGUCCAACUGAGGAGAGUUUGAUCAGACGUUUCCUUUUAUAUUCGGUCACAAGUCCCCAGAGCUGUAGCCUGUUCUUUGACAAGAGUAGAAGUAGAUCUUACACAUUGCAUUUAUAAAACAUGGAUACGUAACCAGACAUGAAAGUACUUGAGAAGAAAGUGCUUUUAAAGAAGGCUGAAACCUACAGUGAUAAUGCUUUACAUAUUGAAACAUAUUUGCUUUGGGGAUAAACAUAAAAGUUGCUUUUACUUCUAACGUCUUCUUCCCUCACUUGACAGUGUUUUCUAAAGACUGCUGAUGAAUAAUGCACCGACAGCCUUUGCUUUAAAUGAUUGUUUACUGAUCUUUAAAGGAGCAGAAACUGAGUGAGCUCGAAGCAGAGCUAUUUAAAGUCUUUGCUUCAAGGUUUUUUUUUUCUUUUUUAUCUGAAUAAAACUGCAGAAUGGGAUUAGCAUAGUUCAUACAUAUUACACUUGCAUUGGAUACAAUAGGUUUUACUUAGAGGAACUAACACAUGCACGAAACAGCUAAAUCUAAUCAAUGGUUUAUUUCUUUCUGAUGUGGCCGCUGUUGAUUAUAAUACAUUUCUAACUGGAGCUCUGCCAGUGAAGCUAAAUGAACUCUGUUACAGAUCUGCAACAAAAUGAGAGUAAAGUUUAAAUGUUGCUAUAAAUUAUAUUCUCUUAUAGUUUAGAAUCAAAGCUUCAUUUUACACAAGUUGCUGUGAGGAGUAUGCAAAUAUCUAGUGCUGCACAGAGGCCAAAAAAAGGUUUAUGGGUUGAGAAUAGGGCUGAGCGAUGUGGGAAAAAGUUUAUCACAGUAUUUUUUUUUUCAUAUCAGUCGAUACCUAUAUAUAUAUAUAUCACAAUAUAUAUAUAUUAGAAAAAAUCACUUGUAAAUCUUAAAUGUUCCUUGUAACUCUAAAAUGAAAUUCAAAGAUAUCAGAAGGGUUUUUUUUAUUUAAGUAUUUAUUUUCUGUCAAAGAUGAACAUGACAUUUUAUCACAUAAAACCUGUUUCAAAUUGAUACACAUAAAACAUAAAACAUAAAAAUUUUAGAAAUAUUUAUUUGAAAUCUCAAAUCUUUAAGCCUAGCCUUCAGGCAGCGCCAGCGACUCACUCCAUGUGCAGAACAUGUUCAGAGGUGUGGUUUCCUCCUCUCUAAUUUGAUUGACAGCUGGCAGGGUAGUCUGAUUGGGUAGAUUGGGUAAAGAACGAAGGUGAUUGGUGGAUCGCUGCACAGCACAUGCAGAGUCACAUGCAGUGUAUCUCAGUCAGUUACCCUUGAAAUUAACUGAGUUCAUUCACCUCCGACAUCGCAGGCUCUACUAUGUGACUAUCGCACUCACGUACAUCUCAAUGACGAUGCUCAAACGAUAUAUCGUGCAGGCCUAUUGUAUAUCAUUAUCGGUUUCUUGCCUAGUCCGGGUUGAGAACAGCUUUAUUCAAGGGGCACAGAGAGAAGUUUGGCUUGUGUGCAUGUGUUUAAGCCUCAAACCUGCUUAGUGUGUAUAUAAGCAGUGUGGUGAGACUGAUUUAGGUCUGACGUGGAUGCGUUGGGGACACUGAUGAGCUCCUGGCGCUCCAUAGUGCCAAACAGCAGCAGCAUCAGCAGCUUCCUCGCAGCAUGUUCAUCCACAGAAUGAGCACCAUGCCGAGCAGCUGGGCUCAGCGCUGCACACUCCCUCAGCAGUGGGGGGGCAUUUCAGUCUCUGUGGGACCCACAGUGUGGCUAAGAAUGGCAGUGAUCAGUGUGGCAGCUGCCACGUCAGCGGCCUCAUGACGCUGGUGAGGUUUUUCAGCAAAACAGCUAAUUGGAAGGAAAAAAAAGGACUGAUUUUUGGCUCGCACAGCAACAGAGCUGUGUGGUUUAGAAAUAUGAAAUGCAUUCACUUGCUCAUAGAGGUUUAAUGGAUCCUGGAUGAACACAUGUUUGAUGAUCAUCUCCUGUAGUCGAUGGCUUUGACACAUUGCCAUUUUCCUCUGCAGAAGUGGAAGCAAUUACACUCGGUUUUGAAUAAGAACCACGACUGCACUUUUAUUCUGAUUUUCUCAUGCUUAAUGAUUCAACUUAUGCAUGAAUAACAACAACUGAAUUAAUUUAAAGAAGCAUUAAACUACCCAAGUUCGCUGUAUUCUACAGGAUUGCUUUCAAAGAGAUGCAUUGUCUGCCUUGUGAGGGGUUGAUUUCAAGAUUAUUCCCAUAUGUGCUGUUUUGUAUUCAGAACAAUGAGGAAUGAGAAAUGGGGAAAAAACAACACCAAACAAAAACCCAUUAUGGUUCUGGAGUGUUGUCACUAGGGAUGUUCUGAAGUGACUCUGACAAAUUUAACAGAGCUGAAAAACUCCAGUCCAGUUUGAACACUUUUCUUGACCAAAAUACUGCUAAACGACACCUUUAUGAUACACCAUCUGUCACCUAUGCUUGUGUUAAGGUAGCUGAGCAUUAUAGCUUUAUGUUGUCUUCACUACAGCGUAGCAGCUGAACCCAAACAAGUAGCUAAACUCGUCUUUGAAAAGUUGACUUGAGUCAUAGUUAGCGUUACUUUGCUCUUGACUGUGACUCUCAACAUCUUCAUACAAAGACAGGGAAAACUGUUACCCGGGAUUUCCACCGCAUCUGGAAUGUCUCUAAUCUGUAACGGUGGCAAUUUCCGCUGUAUGCCUAUUCCUAACGGAUCCGGUUGUGAGGCAAAUUUCGUGGCGGAUUACGGACAGCAGGAAGAACCCGCAGACAUUGACUCUCUGGUGUCUACAGCAUAACAUAUGGUCUCAUACUGCUGGCUUCAUCUAAGAUAGCUGACAAAAUUGACAUGUGCCUCUCAGUAUACAAACAGGCUUCAAAAUAAAAGACCUCUUUUCAAAAUAAAAGUCCAACUUAGAUUAAAGCAAAUAGACGGCACAAGCAUGAUGGCAUUUCUCAGUAACUGGAGCCACAGCCCUCAGUAGUGGAGGGUGGCGGCACUACAGCUUUGACACCAUAUAUGACUGUCACUUCAAGCCCACCAUAAUAAGAGUUUUAGACCUGGUAGGCUGAGUUUAACUGGCUCUGGUGUAGUCUAUGAUCUGGACCACAGAGACAAACAGUCUCUUUCUCAUUUCAAACCUACAUCCCUGUCAUGACCCUCACUUACUCGUGUUCUGUUUUAUUCGGGUGGCCUAAAAUCUAAAUAUUGCUAUUGCUCAAGUUCCUACAUAGCUCCUACAUAGUUUAUCCCUCGCAUUAGUGCCAUGUAUGCAGCAUUUGAAGCUCAGGGGUUGGAUCUUGUUUCCAAGUGGGAUGAGUCCUAUAUCCCAUGUUUUGCAGAGAUAAUCCGGGGAUGCAGUGUCUUCAGUUAUUCACACACCUCUACGGUGCACACUGGAAUAUUCUGCCCAGAUUUGGUGGAUUUGUUACCUUAAUUAAAACUAAUUAGGGAAUAUUAAGUAUUAGCAGCAAGUGAACAAUUUACAUUUAGUCACAGCUCAUAAAGCAAAUGGAUUUGAACCAAAUUUAAUAGUCAUUCUAUCAGACAGUAAAUCCAAAUGACUGAGAUAACCUUUUACUCUUUCUGUCGUGUCAUGAGCUCUACAAAUGGGUUCAGGGUUGUUUUCUGGUGCAGACAUUAAUGACUUUUUCUAAAUGACCUUUGAUAGCUGGAAGCCUCUGUGAGAAGUUCUGGAACGCCUCUUCUCUACUCUGUGAGAAAGCAAAUGUAUCCGCCACAAGUUUUGCAGUUUCAUUGUUGUAAUUUCUAAGUCUGUAACACGGGGAGGAGGGAGCUGAUAUGCUGAACAGAGGUCAUAAAAUGUAUCCCUUUAAGUAUGGCAAGUUUUUGCCUGGUUAGUUAGCUAAGGCCACAUUUUCUGCUGGAGUUGAACCUUUACGUUUUAAGACCUCUCCCACUGUUGUGAAGUUAUUAUUAUUGUCUCUUUUUUUAAGUUGAACUGAGUGAGUUUCAUUGUCUUUUAAGCUAUCAGGGUCAAUAAUCUAUGCAUGGCUUGAAUUGGAUUUAUACUCCCUGAACACUUCACACGUAAAAGCUCUCUUUUCAUGUUGUUGUUCCCUCCAAACUAUUUGUUCAUGUCAGAGUCAAUUUGCCACACGUCUCAUUGAAAAACCAUAUCUGCUGUUCUACUCAUUUACUGACUUAAACUGUGACUCUCCCCAGCCCUAAGUAAGAAAAGUUUCCAAUCAUUAAAUGGGCUACUGUAACGUGACUUCACUUCUUUACUCAGCUGAAGAAAUGUUAAAGGCGCCUUUGAGGCCCAGUGCAGUCUACCAUAUGUUUCAGUCAUAUGUUUGUGUCAGAGAGCUCACUGUAUUCGCUUCACUCCUCGGGCUUCUGUCUGAUCCAUGUUGUCCAGCCGUUCAGACUGAGAGGAUUUAGUGCAGAGCUGUUUUAAUUCCACCACUCUUACGUGUGCUGAUGUAUGCAUACCUGCAUGUCUCUGUGUUACAGGUCCAGGUGUGCCUGCUGAAGACCUGCUGCAGAGCUGCUGUGCUGCAGGCCAGACGUGGGCCUCAGAAAAUCACCACUGCAACAACAUCCCGAUCCCGACCAAAGACAGGCAUUCUCUGUGCAGGUUAGUCACCUAAAACACUCAAAGACGUUUCAGUGAAAUUGCGCAGAGGCUUUUAAUACUCCCAACUAAAACUUUCUGAACAGAACCACAGCUCAGAAUCAGAACCAUUGCAGACUGAUAAAACCAACAAGAUGCUUUUAAUGCAACAGUAUAUUAAGCUGGUACAGCUGGUCUAAUUAGGCCUACUGCAUGUGUUUGAUGUAGCAUAACACAUUACACAAAUUAGCCCAAUGAAAAAAUACACAGGAGAGAGCUUUGACUCUGAAUUUGAAAGGCCCAACGUAAGUGUGACUGAACAUGUUGCACAACCUUAAUGAAGGCCAUUUUAGUCUGGUUCCACCUCCUCAGUUCAGAUCAUCCAGGCUGGUCCGUCUGACUAAAACAGCCUCAAAUGUUCAGCUAUGUUGUGUGUACAACUCAAAACUGUUUAACCAAGGAUUUUGACCUUUACAAGACGAUGUAACAUUCUGUAGAAAAAUACUAUAAUUUGCUAUUUUAGGCAGGGCUGUCAGGUUUUCUUGAAAACAAUAGUAUUCCAAUAUUUAUGGAAAACUCAAAAACAGAGCGAAAGAUAUCACGACAUUGAACAGUUCUGCAGAGGAAAUAUCAAACUCUGUUGUUCUUUAGAUCAUAACAGGAUAUGAAAUGCUGAUCAGUUACUGUCUAAGUUUUUAUCUGCUCCUCUUUAGGAUAGAAAAAAUGAUUUAUAAGCCAGACUGACAAGGCUGCUUGCAGUGUCUGCAGACAUUAUUUAUUUCUUGAUAGGCUUUGUGGGCUUAGAUAUUGGCCGAUGCCAAAUAUUUCAAACCACUGUUAAUCAAUACAUCUGAACUUAAGGUUUUAAAGGGAUAUUCUGGUGUAAAUUUAAGUCAUGGUCAAACACACUGAAACACCGAGUUAGACACCCCCUCAAGAGAUGAAUGUUGCCGACUGCUUGCUUCUCUAGUUAUACCAAACGUAGUAAUGACCGCACAAUAGCAAUACACAGCGGACUACAUCUCCAUGUACAAACCUCAACGAAAAAGCCACUCUAUAGCCACAAAUAAUGCUCAGAACAGCACCUAACUUCAUCAACAGUACAUAUAGGGUCCCAGCCAUAGUACUAGCCAUCAAACAUCUUUUUAGCUUUGCCUGGUUUCUCUAGCAAAGAGACUAAACACAACUCACCCACUCUGCUCCAGCAGCCGCUUGUUUGUGGGGAAGCCCUGACGAGUUGAUCACAGAGUGCGGCGGAGUUUCGCAGCUCAAGGAAGAACAUUUAUGAUUAUUACUUCAUGGAAACGCAAUCAGACUGAGACUGGUUUGCAGAAGAACUACUGCGUCUCCAGUGCACAUACAAGAUACACAAGAACUCUGACUAAGUAAUAAUCAUAAAUGUUCUUCCUUGAGCUGCGAAACUCCGCUGUACUCAGUGAUCAACUUGUCAGGGCCCCCCCUCAAACAAGCAGCUGCUAGAGGAGAGUGGGUGCAUUGUGUUUGGUCGCUUUGCUAAAGAAACCAGGCAAAGCUAAAAAGAUGUUUUGGACCCUAAAUUUACACCGGAAUAUCCCUUUAAUGAGGUUUAUGAAAGCAUUUGGUAAAGUCACAAUGGCUGUGUCCAAUCUUAAAAUCAACUCAACUUCAGAAGAACUAUCUAAGUUUCUGUGUGUGUCUGUUUGUUGUCAGUGUUGCAGUGAAGCAGUGCUGCCUCAGCUCUGUGAGGGAGAGCCAGUGUGAGUCAGGUAUGAUGUCAGCCAGAGGAGGAGACACAUGUGGAGCGAAUGGGGAGAACCCGUGCACAGACGACUCCUUUCAGGUACAACACUGUCUUACUCCCAUUAAAACUUCCACGACAGCAUGUUUCAGGUGGAUUUAUUUAGCAGAUAGCAUGCUGUGAAAAGUGCAUGCUGGGUGGAGGACUACAGAGGAAGAUGGUUGAGUCAUGACUGAAAGACAUGAUGUCAUGGGUUUAUGGUGCAGGUUUUAUAGACAAAGAGCUCUCCAUGAAUCAAACACUGAAUUCAUUAAAGUCCAUGAGAUAUUCCACUUGAAUAAUGUAUGAACCGUGUCUCAGACAGAGGAAGGAUUUGACCACAAAACCACUCCGCUAAAGUUCAAACUAAAGGCAGAGGUCGAGUGUUCUGAAGUGUAUCAGUGUAUUUUAUGUGUCAAACACUUGUAGUGUCCUGUUAAACGCGUGUUGUUUUGGCUGAGAUCCCAAUUUCAGAUGCUUGUGCCAGCGCUGAGGCUUUGACAAAGUUCAGGCAGCUUUUUUGUAAGAAACAGGCAGGUUGAAGUAAAUCUGUAAAGAAAUGCCCAAGUCUCCUGUUUCUGUUAGUAUCCAGCGGACAUGUGAAUACUUCUAAUUCGAACUGGGAACCAUGCGUCUGCUCGGAAACAGCCCUGAUUGUUUUCAGUGUUUCUCAAAGAGGAAACCCCGUGGUUUGGCUCCGGUGCAAACUGUUCAUGUGUUUUAGCCGACGAGUUAAACCGUUGUGCCAGGUCGCUGAAGGAAAGUUAAAGAAAAAUGAAAGUCUGGUUUUCUUUCUAUGACAUGUGUUUCAGCUUGAGGCAGAAAUCCUUUGCAGUGUGUUCACCAAUCCUCUCGGCUGUUUAACCGUUCUGUCUCCUCCUCCUCCUCCUCCUCUGCUGUUUACUAAACAUGGCUGAAAGUGGAGAGCAAUAAAGCGAGGUGGUGAUGAGAGAUGUGGAGGGCACCACGGUGACACACUCCACACUAAUAAGCACUGCUGUUGUGUGUGUGUGGAUUGGCAGGUGUGCUGCAGCUGCUGUGCCCUUGGCUUACGAGUUCGCGGUGAAGGGAGAGGCUGCGAUGCUCACCAGUACCUGGGCUACCCGUGUGGUCACGUCUUCCUCACCUGCUGCGAGGAAGGGGAAGGUCCUCGCCAGACCCCGCUGAAGAGAAAGCAGAUGCCCAGACCUACUGCUUCGCCCAGAAAAGGUAUCUGCAAGGUUUUUCUGACGUGGAGCUUUCAACAACACAUUCAUCAUGCACAUGGGUGGUGUUGGGAUUAGCAGAAACAAACGCUCCUUGUUCAAUGUAAGCCAAGAGCAAUAAACUGUGCAUAUUAGAAAGAAAGCCUUGAGAGAUUAUUAACUCUUUUUUCUGGCUGUGUUAAUGACUAAAACUGUUAUAAUACACUGCUGCUAAUGUCAUUUUAAGGUUUUUAAAUUCCUCACACUGGUAUUUAAUGAAGGUAAAUGUCAGUGGGUCUAUAAUAAACCGAGGGGCGGCUGCACUGAACAGGUCCUGCUCUCUGGAGUUCUCAGGUUCCUUUUCUCCAGCGUUGACAGAGCGAUGAGGCUAACAGCAGGGAUAAUUACCAGAAAUGUUCACUGAGUGUAAGGGACUCUAGUUGUGCCGGCCUUACAAGUGCAGAAAUGUGAAGAGAUAGACCAAUUAAUAGGUCAGCUGAUAAAAAAGAAUCGGGUCGGAGUCACAUAUGAGCAAAAAAAGUGUGAUUUGGGUCACCUGUGCCUGCAGUGUGAAAACAGCCUGUUUUGAGGGGGUGCAUUCAUUCUUCUUUUUAUGUCUCAUCUGCGGUAUAUGAUACACAAAGGUAGCAUGGUAGUACCAAGUCAUUGAACCUCUGAUACCUUCUAGGAGGUCGUUAUAGUGUGGAAGAGGGGAAAGCUAAUGGUAAUGUUGGCUGAGCUGGAACAUUAUGUGAUGGAAUUACAACGUGUCCGACGCCAAAGCGCAGAGCAAAUAAGAUCAACCGCUGCUGUCAUCUUUUAAUGACAUAAUUCUCUGUCUCAUAGAAACAGAACUGAGUGUAUUGUUCAUUGAUUGGUUCACUGAUUGCUGUUGCAGUGUACCGAUAUUGACAAGAACCGUCUCAUAGGAAAAAUAAGAUAUUGAUAUUGUACCAAAAAUAAGCAUAAUAGGUAUUUCGAUGAACAGCCAUCAGCAAACUUUGCUCUGUACUUAGUAUAGAUAUGGUUAAAAUGUCAUCCUCGGUGAAGUUGAAGUCAGAAGCAGAGUUCAUGCUUCGUUAGAUCUUUUUCUUUUUGUUUCAAGACGCACGCUCUCAGUUGAUUGGUCAGUCGUCUUGUUACCUCUCAGAGCAACGUAAGAAGUCUGCAAACUGGGAUAAAUCAGGAACAGAUGGAAGCUCAGGCUGUUGUCUCUUUACUUGUGCCAGCAAUUUUUCUCUUCAUCUCUGAUCUGGGAAGCUUCUUACACCAGUGACACUGAUAUCUAAAAGAUCUGAAGAAACCAAGGUUGAGGAUUGACCUGCCUGAAAAUCAGUCAAAGACCUAUUGGUAUCUCUGCACAAGGUCUGUAAUCAACCCAAGAAACUCUUGAUCGACUAAAACACUAAACUUUUUAAAUUGACACAGAAAAAAAAAUCAAGUCGACCAAUCAGAAUUUUUGUCGACUCAGCACGCAUCGACCAAUAAGUCGACCAGUCAGUUAGCACUUUACAGCCCUACUCUGCACAACCAUGGCAGAGCGGUGUCUUCGGUUUUGUUCAAAGCAUUGGUCUCUGAACAUGAGCGUCUUGUUUGCAGCUGUUAGCUCCGUGAUUUUGGGCUUUGCAUGUUUUUCAUCAAUGACAUCAGAAUUGUAAUGGAUGAAAUAUGACUGAGUGAAAAGCAGCGUGCUGCAUUCGUAUGUCUGUACUCUCCUGUGUGAUUAGAGAGUUCAGUCCAUGAGGUCUUGAAUCCAUCUAGUAGCCUUUUGAUUUUGGCCUCAGAGGAGCUUUCUUCAGUGUUUUGCUUCAUGAAUUAGGACCAGACAUUCACUGUGGAAAAGCAGUUCAUUAAGAGGCAGCCUCUUUGGCUGUCUUUUAAUGGGAACAGUUGUCUCUGAGUUUGAUGGUGAGUUAAGGUCAGUCUCUCCUCAAUGCCUUGUGUUGUUGUCUGUUAUUUCAUUCACUACAUCAGAAGCUUUCCUCCUAAUCCCCCCCUUUAAUACGCUCUGUUCUAACCAUCAGCUGAAGCUCAUUUCCUCCUGCUUUGAAGGCAUGUUUGAAUGAUGUCAUUCUGAAGGAGGAAUCAAUUAACCUGCUGAGAGCUGUGAAAGGUUAAGGAAAAGCAAAAAAAAGUCUUUAAGCUGGUGUUCAACUCUCUCUCUCUCUCUCUUACCCUUUCUCUCUCUCUUUCUCCUUCCCUCCCUCUCUGUUACAGCAUGCAUGAAGGAUGCCUUUACUUUGUGAGUGCUCUAUGGAUGAAAAUAAGGAUGAGAUGCACUAUAAUUAUUUCCUUGGGGGAUAUGUUUUCACUCUUAUGACUCACCGCCUUUUAAUUAAAACAGGAAAAAUGUAAUCGCCUUGCUCCUCUGAAUUUAAACCGCAGGUAAUGACUGUGAGAAAUAUUUACUUGAAACCCUCGCAACUGGCAUCGAGAGAUUCCUUUGGCGUUACUGUAAAGCUUGAGUCGCUUGGCGAGAGAUCGUCCUUGUGUAUUUGUGUCCCAAGUUCUUGGUCAUGUCUGUAGACAUUAACCCAGAUUUUCACCCCAAACUUGUCCACUUUGUUAAAGCAGUGUUUCUAAUUUAAUGCUUAAUCUAACUCUCUCUUAAAUUAGCGGUAACAUGUCUUGCAUCUGUAUGUUUUCCCCUCAUCUACAGUAAAAUGAUCCUUUUUUUUUUCUGCCACAGUCUAAAUAAAUGAAGAAAAAUCUGCAUUUCUCAUCUUGUGGAAAUCUGCUCUCUGAAAAGUUUCCCUUCUGUGCUGCAGUUGAGGGUUUGACCAUUUUACACUGUGGUUCUGCAGUCUUGGUUGAGACUGUGUUGUGAUACUUAGGAAACUAACUUGUAAAUCACUCUGAUCAUCUCCAUUCUACGUAAGGAGCUGAAAUUUCCUGUUUUCCCUUGCCAAAAAUAAGUAUACCUCAAGUCCAUUUUAUGAAGUAAAUGUAAGUUUAUUUUAGCAUACUUCCCAGAGUAUACUAACAGUGAAUUUACUAGUAAACUUCUGUGAACAAAACUGGCCCAAUUUUAGUUUAUAUAAGUACACUUGAAGCAUACUUGGAAGUGAACUUUUUAGUAUAUUAGUUUACUAGUAAUAAACGUCUAGUCCCCUUUUUAGUUUGUAAAAGUACACUCUGAAGCUUUUUUGAGGGGUGGGGUGGGAGGUGGCAGUUUUGCCUAUGAUGGAUGGGACAGAGUGAAAAUGUGGAAGACAGAGAGAGGAGGGAUGACAUGAAGUACAGGGUCAGGACUAGAAUCAAACCCACAACCGCUGCAGGGACCAUGGUCCCCAACAUGGGGCGGCUUAACCCACUUAGCCAUUUGCGCACCUACUCUGAUGCAUACUUUAAAUUACCUUUUUGUUAUGCUAUUAUUUCAAUAGUAGUACAUAUUUAUAUACUUGACUUGUACUGCUUAUCUUUAAAAGUAUGCUUUAUAAGUGUAUACUCUUAAAAAAAUAAGCAGAACAAGUCAAGUAUACUUAAACAUAAGGCACAAAUACAGAAGUUUAUUUAUGAGUGUUUAUUUAUUCUUUGUGAAAGCCAAGUAUAUUCCACAUUAAUUUGAUAUCUCUGAAAAGAGCAUAAAAAGUAAACUGAAAGCAUACUUCGUUUUAACACAGUAUACCUGAAGUAUACUUCAACAUACUUCUUUUAGGUAAGGGUUGUUAUCUUGCUUUUCCGUCCAUGCACAGCUGACCCUCUUUUUUAUCUCAUUUAUUGUUUUCCGUACCCUCGGCGUCCUUGACUUUGUUACCUUGCAUCUCCAUGUUUAUCUUUGCCAUAUCGUCGCCUAUUACUGCUUACUGUCUAUUGCAGAAACAGCAUAAACUAAACUACAGACACCCUACAGAGGCUGUUAUGUUUUCCUGUUGCUCAUGUUCCUCUGAAGGUCAAACCCUCAAAGGGAGAGACCGACAGUACCAGAUUGACUGAAACAUGUAGAGAGAGGGAGUGGAAUACUGAGUUGUAAGACUUGAGUCCAAGUGAGCAGCUGUUAUAGAGUCACUGGUUUGAGAAAAGUCAGAUCCAUAAGCUUAAGACUCUCUUUUUUGCUCUCCUGAAACACUUUGUGCAUAUAUUUUCUCAGCACUUUGCUCUCACCGUAGUGUUCUUAGUUUAUAAGAGUUUCUCAAAUGCACUGUCAAGUUCCUGUCUGAAGGACAUAUUAGAACUGAAGCCCUGGGUAAAAGCACCACUUAAACACUGGAUGUAGAUGUAAUGGGUGAACAGAUGUUGUUUUGUGUCGUCAAGUCAGCUUCAUGAGGUAAGUGUGGGGUAAAAUUAUAGAGGCAAUCUGGUGCUGUAUCUAAUUUAAGGACCCCCCCUUCUUUUCGCUUACUGCUUUCAGUUACAGACAGCAAGUUCCCCAAGGAAGCCUUCUCCAUCAGUUCCACAGAAGAAGCUGCCAACACGGUGGAGGAGCAGGAGGAUGUAGAUGAGUGUCAGCUCUUUGCAGGCCAGCUGUGCCAGCACACAUGCACCAACAUCUGGGGCUCCUAUCGCUGUGACUGUCAUCAGGGCUACAUCCUGCAGGAGGACGGACACUCCUGUGCACCAGGUACUCCUGAGAGGUUCAUAUACACACUGUGUCAAUCAGUUAAACUUAAUCAAGAAUAGAAAUAUGUUAAAGGUGAAGCUGCAGUCAACAAAGAGUCAAAUGAGAUAUCGAGUCAGACUAUGAGUGACAAACCGUGAUUGAACUGAAGUAGAGAUGAGAAGAUUAACUGAUUCGUAUCGAUACACGGUCACGUGCAUGCAAGGUGCGGGUGCAUCGGUAGAGCAGCUGAGAGUGAAUGCAGUUUGUGUCGAUAUAAUCCAAUCUGUUUAAAACAUAACUUUUAUUUUUAUGUUACUAAACCAUUUUGAGGGCAUAAUUUCUUUGGAUUUGCAGAUGUACAAUCCAAACUCAAGUAUCAGCUCCGCGGAUGCACUACAUACGGAUGAAUAAUAGUGAGAAGGAGUGUGAGUAGUAGGAUACUACUGAGCAAAUUUACUGUCCUCUGAGUUGUAAAUCAAAAGUUUGGCAACGCUACGGGUUUUACAAGAAAGACUGACGACUUGACAAGACAUUUGCAAAAUGUGCCUCGCUGCUGUAAAAUACACAGGCAGUAUGAUUGACCUAAUAAGUCAGCGCCAUGGCGUUGUGUUGGAGGGGUCUGCUAGCACCCCCGCCUCCCUUGCUUCCAGUUUGGAUUCGCCUGCAGCAAGCAGCUCCGAUAGAUAGAUAGAUAGACAGACAGACAGACAGACAGACAGACAGACAGACAGACAGACUUUAUUGACUUUAUUCCAUUACUAUUAACUCUACAUGCUCAAUAACGUAUGCUACAGUGUUCUUCAUCUGCAAAGAUAUUCAGAAUGACAGUGUAACAGAAAGCAAAGGUUUCAAACACCUCCUCCAUGUCUCGUUGUCUAAUACCAAACUGAAAGCUGUUCUCCAAAGAGCAGAUCCCUGCCCUCUACAACAAAGUUAGAAGAUAGAUAGAGUAGUCAAUGAGCAAAGCCCACAGAGUAGCUGUGUAUUGUGAUUUGGGUGCAAGUCGUAUCGUACUGCAUCGCAUAUUGCCACACAUUUAUUGACCUUGUACAUAAGAUGCCCAACCCUAAAUUUAAGGCAUCUUCACUCAAUGAAGGAAGCUAAAAGGCCGCUUCUAUGAUCGUGUAUUUUUAUCUGCAAACCCAGGCAUGAUGGAGGUUUUUCCUGUUGAAGCUACAUUUCUACUGUCUCCUGUUUGACCCUUUUUUUAUUGAUUUUGCAUUUAUUGCCAUUGUAUUUCGGUGAUGCUGUGGUUUAAACAUACAACAGAUUUCAUCAGUAUAAUCACAACACUUUAGCAAGAGCCAACCAAUUAAACAGGCUCAUUGACAUUCCCCUCAACCUCAAAUAAGAGAUGAUUCAUCACGUCCAUAUCUUUGCUCUAUGAAAGACUAUAAAGACAAAAACAUUCAGCAUUGGUUCAGAUCAUGACAUUCUUAAAGAGGGAACAGCUUUAUAUGUGUUAUAAAGUUACUCUUUGGUUAUAGUUUAUAUAUCAGGACCAUGUUGGUCGAUCGGCCUUUAUUAAUGCUGCAGUUUUCAAGUAUGAAGUCAUUUCUUUCUGACUGUUAACUCUUCACUGACCUGACUUGUUCUGCUCUGUUUUGUUCCAUUUUUUUUAUGCAGUGAGUCCCGACAAGGAUAACAGAGCCAGAGAGGAGCCCACUGCUGUCCCAACAAAGACUACCACAACCAGCACAACCACUACCAGCCCACCACUUAUACGCCUCAGUCCUUGUGCAGGUAAUUCCAACAGUCUGAUACUAAAAUUCAUUUGAUAUCACUGUGUAUUAGAUUUACUCCAUAGACUGUACAUUGAAUGGGCGUCAUCUGCCUCCUCGCUGGGUGAGGAUGGACAACUUUGAAUUUGAAGCCAAAUUGCUCUUUAGUAUUUCCGGGAUUUUUCUCCACUUCCUGGAACCACCACUUGCACAGUAGCGUUGUACGCAUUCAGCGGGAGAGUCGCCGAGAGUUACUGUGAUGACGCUCGGCUCAAACAGCGUAUCCCCCCGGUCUUCGUACGCCAAUUGGCUUCCAUCAAGUGUCAAUCAUAGAAAACAUGAACCCCCAAGUAACUUUUAAAAACGGAGCUGUACAAAAAAAAGAGGACUUGAGCACAAACCAGUCUCACAGUAACUACAUGUCAACAUCACAAGCAGGGGGGAGAAAAAUGUAUAUUCUGUGUCAUAAAUUUCUAAAGUUCGUCCACGACUCCAUAGGAAUUGCUAGAGAUGGCGGGAUUUAUGACCUUUACUGCUGCCCGUCAACAGAGGGUGCUGUUCUCGCAGUGGCUUCACCCAGCGAGGAGGCAGAUGGCGUCAAUUCUAUAUACAGUCUAUGGCAGGGAUGGGCAAUCAUGUGCUAUGGAGGGCCAAGAGGCUGCAGGUUUUCUCUCCAACCCAAAACUCCACCAGGUGAUUUCACUAAUUAGUCCCUGCUCUCUGCUUGGAGGUGAGGUAAUCAGUGAAGUCACCUGGUGGAGUUUUGGGUUGGAAAGAAAACCUGCAGCCUCUUGGCCCUCCAGGGCACAUGAUUGCCCACCCCUGGUCUAUGGUGAAGCCUCUGCAGAUGCUUGGUCAGCACAGGCAUGAGGACGUAAACCUGCACGGAAGACAGAAGGCUUGAGAUGACGACUGCUGUAAAUUUGCUGCUAUAUAAAAUAAAAUUUGAUUGAUUGAUUGAUUGAAUUGAAACUUAAGAUUGACAGUGUCUGAAAGAGCUGCUCUCUCUGCAGAGUACAGGACAUUGUAGUGACACUUUGAUCAAUGUAAAUCAUUUGAAACAAUAGAUGACCUGUUCAGGAGCAGCGAAGCCACAGGAUUUGAGAUGAUCUCCUGAAAUUGCAUUACCUGAGUGGUUGGUAGUGAAGAUGCGGCGCUUCUCAAUACAUUGAUUUUGGACAAUUAAACCUGAUCUGUACGUUUUUUUCUCCUUUAUUUACUUCCUGCUGUGAGGCUCCUCUUUGUUCGUCUUCUUCCUCUCUUGGCUACAGCUUAGUGUUUCAGCUUUACGCAUAAUGGAACUGAGGACAGGAUCUCACAGAAGGCUGUAUUGAGUGCGAGCACUUGUAUGUGCUGCCUGGAGCACAGUAAGCCGGACACAUCUGCUCAGUGUAUCAGUUCUGCUUUUAUUGAAACUAAGCAGGUAAGCAGAGCUCAGAGGAGCUGACGUGAUGGCAGAUGUGUCUAGCCUGAGGUAAUGACGUCAAAAAAGCAGGGAGAGACAGUCAACACUCUGCGUGCAAUCCUGUUGCUAAAGUAAAGUCGAAGAUGAUCUGCUAAAGCUGCAGCAUCCUCUUUGGCUAAAUAUCGAGUGCAGCAAACUCUCAACAUGCACAAGUCUUCACCCCAGAGACUCUAACAAAGGCCCGGCUCCUUUCGAGUGGCUGAUUGUUAGUUAUGAGAAUAUCCUGGUCAAUGAAUCGAGCUGCUCUCUGACACUAACUGCUGCAUAGCUCAAGCGCUCCUGUGAAAUAGUAGUGAAGCAGUUCCUGGUGCAUGCUUCUUUGUGACGGGACUAUCGAGCUGUUAAAUAGCAAGAAUUGAUUCUGUUGUGCUGAAUGUGAUGGCUUAUGAGAGGCUCCUUCCUGCAGGGGGUGAUGAUCAGAGCGAGGGUGUGAAGGUGGAGUCCAUAGGAGCCUCCGGGAGCGAAACAACAGAACGAUGAAUUACUAGGACAGCAGAGAAACAGCACAGGGAUGAGAAAUUUAAGACAUUAUGAGUGAAUGGCUGUCCUGCAGGCGUAACAGUGUGGAGUCAUGCUGCUGGUAUUUUUGUCUCCCACAGAAAAUGGUCCUUGCAGUCAGCAGUGCAGUGUGGUGGCAGGCCGGGCUCGCUGCUCCUGUUUCCCGGGUUUCUCUCUGAUGAUGGAUGGACACAUGUGUGAAGGUAAGGCCUGCUGCUCUUCUUCCUGGAAGUAAUUGGAGCGCUUGAAAAUGCUCGUACGUAUCCUUUAAGCUGUCUUCCUCAAAACAGGGUUUGCACAAAGUAACAAACAAUCCAAUAAUGCCGCACACUCCUGUGCAAAUGAACAAUAACAAACACAUACAGCCAUGGCAACAGAACAUAAGAGCAUUGGAGCAGUAUGUCCAGAGAUCAGGACACUUUUUAAUUGGAUGCAGUCACUCAUGAAGCAGGAAAAUGCGGCUCUUUCCGUGCUAAACAAUGCAUCGACUGAUUGAGCUCCAACUUCCUGGUGCCUGGAGCACUAGUCAACCUUAGCCAAUUACUCUUGGUGGCAACUAAAGCUGCAAAAACAAACACUUCACAUAACAUCUGUAUGCUUAGCUGAAAUCCUUUUAUAAAACCGUGUCGAAUACCUCGGCACAACAAUGCCACAGGCAAAAUGACAGGCGGAGGCCAAAAGUUACAGUCAAGCUGUACUGUGGAUCACUAGACUAUGUAUUAGUGUUCAACACCUGCAACAUGUAAUACUACAUUUUUAUGAUGCUUUAUAAAUUCUGUUUUUUUAUUUAUUUAUUUUUUAAGAAAGAGAUUGUUAUCAGGGGCUUGUUUGCUUGUGUUACAGGGAUAUUCCUGAGUAAAAUGAAGUGUCAAACACACCGUUACACCGAGUUAGACACUCCCUCGAGGGAUGAAUGUUGCUGACUGCUUGCUUUUUCAGUUAUACCAACUUUAGAAACCACAAAAUAGCAAUACACAGCGGUCUAUGUCUCCACGUGCAAACCUCAACCAAAAAGUCACUCUAUAGCCACAAAUAAUGCUCAGAACAGCACCUAACUUCAUCAACAGCACAUACAGGGUCCCAGUCAUAGUACUAGCCAUCAGACAUCUUUUUAGCUUUGCCCGGUUUCUUUAGCAAAGAGACCAAAUACAACUCACCCACUCUCCUUCAGCAGCCGCUUGUUUGUAGGGGGAGCCCUGACAAGUCGAUCACUGAGUGCAGCGGAUCAUUUCCUUAAAGUAAUAAUCACCAUAAUAAUCAUUUUGCACUGCAGAUGCGGUAGUUCUUCUGCCUUAGCAUCUCGGUCAGUUUGCAUGUCCAUGAAAUAAUGAUCAUAACUGUUCUUGCCUGAGCUGUGAAACUCUGCAGCACUUGUUUGUAGGGCUCCCCUACAAACAAGCUGGAGAAUCAAUCACCUCUUUUUUUUUUCCUGUUUUUCCUCUUCUCUUCUUCUCUUUCUUACCUGUGCACCAGAGGGUUUCCUCUUGCUGGACAAAGAAAAAAACAAUUAAACAGUGCAUCACUGUGACGCGCUGUUUUGUUGGUCAUUGUCAUCACAGCAUCAGCGUGCUGCCUGAACGUGCUGCAGGGCUAAACAAAAAGACAGUCCAGCUGCAGGGGUGUUCGUUCUUUAUAUAUAUAUAUAUAUAUAUAUAUAUAUAUAUAUAUAUAUAUAUAUAUAUACACACACACAUAUAUAUAUAUAUAUAUACACACAUUUAUUUAUAUUGACACACACACACACACACACACACACACACACAUAUAUAUAUAUAUAUAUAUAUAUAUAUAUAUAUAUAUAUAUAUAUGAGUAAGAACUUAAAUGGAAAAUAAUAAUUUAACAAGAAGAAAAUGUUUGGUGAUCCCCCCCCACCACCACCUAUCACCCUAGGCGAUCGCCUGGUCUGCCUAGUGAAGGAGCCGCCUCUGCUGCUAGAUGCAGGAUUUGGUCAUGGUUUCCUAACAACAUAUCUAUUAGAGCUUUAUAAGGAAGUAAAACACCAUAUUAGGUAUUAGGCAUAUGUAGCUAACACUUAAAUGUAGUCUCCUCCACUGGUCCAAUGAUAAAUGUUUCCUUCAUGAAGGUGUGACAAAUAGUUUUUGUUCCAGCAUGAAAAGGUGUUGAUUUAACUUUAUGGUAGUUUUGGGGGCAGUAGUUUUUGCUGCAACUGAAUUAGCUCUGUUUUACUAAGAGGGUUGUAGGCUUCCCUGAUUGAGAUUAACAAUUAAUUGAAUCAUCCUCUUUUGAGGAGAUACAAAAACUUUUUUUUAAGAAAAUAAAAAAUAUAUAUAUUUUGAAGGUCUCUGCUAGACUGGGAGUGCUGCAGCUGAGAGUUAAAACGAGUCACUGAGAAAAAGCUUCAUAGCAAAGAUGGAUGAUCCACAUUAAACCUUCCAGAAAAAAAAAGUCAUUGUUUUCACACCAUUAUGGUUUUCCAUACAGCAAUAUGUUCCCUGCAGGGGUUAGUUAAUUGAUCUGUGAAUUUGUAACAGGGCAUGAAGUUGUGAUUUGAAGUGAUGUAUAGCCCUUCUCAGGAAUCCAGUACAUGCCUGUUCAAUAAAUGUUGCUCGUCCAAUUGUUCCUCACAGCACAUGUACUUUUAAAUCUGUGCAGUAUGUUAUUAUAGAAAUAGAGAUGAGUGGAAAGUUAAUGAUACUUACAUAGGAAGAGUUUUGCUUGUUAAUUUGCAUUUUAUUUAAACACGUGCUGCUAAUUACCAGAAGCCUGCAGUGGAAAAGGGAUUUCCCUACAAAAUGAUUAUAUACAGUCAAAGUUUAUUUAAACUGUCUGUCAGGCAGCCAAUGGGCAGGUAUCUCUGUAUGCAUACACUCUCCAUAAGAGUGAGCGUUUCCUUCUAAUCACUUCAUUCAGAGAGUAGGACCCUCUCUAUAAAGUGUUUCCACAUGUGAACAUGUGGGUGGGCAACUCUGGGUCUGGAGAGGAAUGAAGUAAAGCCAAUUGUACUACAAGAUGUGAUUGUGAGGGGGUAUUAGAGGACUUGAUGGAAUUAUCUGCAGACCGUGGAGUAAACUGUGGAGUACCUGCUGAUGUGGGUCUGUCAUGCAGUCUGUGAAAACCAUUAUGAAUGAUUAACACUUUACAUGAUUGCAGAAUCUCAGACUGUGAUGAUUUAAUUCACAGAUUAGUAGUUUGUAUGAAGCCGUUAAUAUGUCUUUUGAAUUAUCAGCUGUACAUGAAUGAGAGGCUAAUUCAAGGCUUUCACACAUAAAUGUUCCCAGAUGAUGUGUGUAUGUAGGUGUGUGUGCCAAAGAGAGUAAACCGUGUGAAGAAAGAUCAUGUAUCACCUUAAACCGCCAAUGUGUUGAUAGACAGUCACAGUUUUUCAGGCUGUGAAUGAAUAUUUGAAUGUUUUUGUCAAACACAAACAAAAACACUCUGGCAACUUCAAAUACAGGAAUCAUGGAGGUUUCAAGGUCUAACAUGUGAGGUUGCCACCCUCACUUAUUAUCAAAAUUUCCAUACAAGCUAUUCUGAACAAGUGCAAGGCUGAAUUUGUUUUUGUGGGGGAGCUGCAUAAUUCAAAACGUGAGGAUCAGCCUUGAGAGCUUUUACCUGAAUGAGACCUUGUAUUUAAUAUUUGCCAAGACCAACUGCAUUAUUCUCCCUGUGGCCACAUUCUAGCAUGAAUUCUGGGUUUACAUCCUGGAAAUCCUUGAGAGCAGUAUUUUAUCUGCCCUGCCAAACACUGCAGAGGAUAUUACCACUGACUUUUACCACACAGUUUUCAGACCAGAGAAACUGUUAAACCAACAAAGAGCAGGACCUUAUUCAAGGUAAAAGUCAUCUCUUUACUAUUACACAAAUCAUGCACACUUGGUGCAGUUAGUGUAAUCUUUCUGUGGAGAGUGGGGACAUUUAAGUGUGAUCCAACUUCAUCUCAUGGCUUUCCUCAACCAGAGAAGAUGCUCUGGCACCAGGGAGGGGUUGUUAAAGUAAUUAGAACUGGUUUCACCAAGAACAGUGACCAUCUGAUCAAGCAAGAACAAGCUGUCCUUUAGAUGUGUAAGUUUGUCUUGAUAAAGUAAAGUAUUUGUGUGCUACACCAUCUUGCAUUGCUGCAGUUUCUCAGCAUUCACAGACUUAACCACAGAUGAAGGUCACAUGAUUAGGCAAUCUUAACGUUAUUUAAAUCUUACAUGUUGGGGGAGGGGUUGUUACAUUGAUAAUCUUUUACCACAUCCCACAUAAACAAACAGAGAACGAUUGUUAACAUCUGCCAGUGAUUUAUAAUAAAGGGCUGUGUGAUAGUGUGAUAUAAUGCAGUGGUUCCCAAACCUUUUUUCCCCAGGGCACACAGAAGGACAAGUAAAAAUCACACGGCAAAACAUUGUGCAAAAUAGCCUUUUUAGCAUGUGUUAUCACUCAGACCAUGUAAAAAAAAAAAAAAAAUUAUAUAUAUAUCCUUUUUUUUUUUUUUUUUUUUUUAAUAUAUGCACAUUAUAUAUAUAUAUAUAUGUAUAUAAAAUGUGCACUAUUAUUCACUGAUGCUAAAUUAGAUGAGAAAAAGACAACUGUAUUACUCAUGAAAUAGUAUUUAUUAACGAAAUAUUUCAAAAAUUAAUUUUGAACUUCAUCAAAUUCGGCUUCAUCAAAGCAACAACACACCAUUUUGAACAUGACAGGUCACACAAUUAAAAUGAGGCAAAGGAAACUCAGUAGAAAUACAUGUUUUUAUUCCUGCCCUGAAGCUUGGUGUUUAACUCGUUGAGAUGCCUAAAUAUGUCUUCAAGGUAAGCCAGCCUGGUGCGCCACCUCUCAUCCGUGAGCUUGUUCUUAUGUGGGACAGCGUGCUCACGUGAAAAUUCUAAAAGCUCUCCCCGAAGCGCAUAAAGACAGGAUAAGACUUCCUCCCAUGACAGCCAACGUACCUCUGUGUGGGGGAUCGGUGGUGGGUUGUCAGCAGUCUCAGUUCUGGUGGUUUGUGGUUUGCUCUGCACAAGAGAGCGCUCAAUUUUCCCUUGUGCGGGUUUUUAUGUUUUUAUGUUGUUUUAUAAUUCCCGCUUGCACAACUGCGUAAACAGCGAAAUAUGUGGAUCUCAAUUAGAUUUUUUUUAGGUUUAGAGUUUGCUUCUGUAUUUUGAAAUGAGUGCAAACAAAGUACAGAUAUAGUAAAUGAAAAAAAUAUUUCUGUGUGUGUGUAGUUGUAUAUUGCAAUGAUAAUGUAGGCCUAUGGUUAUCACAUAAUCCCAUGGCACACCCAGAAUGGCCUCAUGGCACACCGUUUGGGAACCAGUGAUAUAAUGUUAUUCCAAAUACUGGAAACCAAGGAACAGUUAAAUUUGAUCAAUAUAUGAUAAUUGUAUUGGAAAAAAAAACAACAAAAAAAACCCCAACAAGUUAUACAUAUCCAGUAGGCCAAACUGUGAUGAUUACAUUGAGUGGUCGACCAGUAUCAUUUUCCAGUUACAGUUUAUCACAACCUUGAAAAAACUUGGUAACUGUUGAGUUCUGGUGUCCAUCACAUUGGUGCCAGGGUUACAGUCAUAAAGAAAGUCAUGACAAAAUAGGAAAAAAAUACUCUUCCUUCAACAGCUUGCAUUAAGCCUGCUGAUGUUGUAGAGAGACACCAUUACAGAAAACAGCUGCUUGUUAACUUCUGGUUAUUGGUCAUAUUGGUCUAUCUAUGAUAGUUUGUUGGGGUACAGGAUUAGCAGAGGGAAAUGUGGUCAACAGGAUUUGGAGGGUGCCCAGUAAGAAUGGUCCAGCUGUAGAUUAUCAAUCCUCAAAGGUGCAGCACAGCUAACAGGAGAGCUUUAUGGAGAUGUCUGUCAACACUGGAAAGGUCUGAUCGCUGAAAUAAAUGUGAGUGGACCGUGAAAGCAAAGAGGCUUUAAAGCAGCUCUUCAGGGGGCAGCCAGAUCAUUUGGCCCAGUUCAGCAAUGAGAGCUGCUGUUCCUGCUCCCAAACACCUUUUAAUUCUGUAUCACUUCUGGCCAUAAAUCAGCUGAGUGUAGCAAUGUUCUGACCUGUGAUUGAUUCGUAGCCUCAUUUUUCAGUUAAUCUUUCCAUUUAAAUAAACUUGAAAAUUAAACUUGUAAUGAUGCCAGAAGUUUUCUUGAUGUCUGGGACACCUCAGUUAUAGUAAAGUUCCAAACUCUUGUCAGUAUUGUGUGAUUCUCCGUAUAUUAAAUUACUUGUUGGCUACAUUCACAUUAAUGGACAUGCUUGGCUCCUUAUGCUAUUACUAAAUUGACACAUGUAAGAAAAAUAUUUAAAAUGUACACUGUAGGAUCACCUUUCAUUCUGUCCUGAAUUACAGUAGUUUAAGGGCAAACUAAACAACCCAAAUUCACUUUAAUCUCUCCCCGCAUGUCUCUUAUCGCUAUGUUUUGAUAAGCAAGAACAUUUAAAACUAAAUGGAAAUAAAACCAAAAUUAUUUAGGGGGAACAAAGGAGCCAGGAAAGAACUUCAUUUGACGACUAAAGAAAUAUCCCUGAAGUCAGACCUUGUUGGUCCCACAUAGUAAUCCAAAGACCCCAACCUUUAGUGUAACUUUCAAUAAUUACUUUACUUUUUAGCCUUCGUCUGCAUUUUUUAUGUAUUGUUCUACAACUUUUUCUCAAUUUGUUUUCUAACAGUUAAUCUUGUUUUUCACUCCCACAUAUUUAUUCAUUUAUUUUGAUUUAUUGUUUUUAUUAUUGGUAGAGCUUUUACAAUUUUUCCAUUGCUGUUGUGUCCUGUCUCUGUUCCUUUGUAAAGCAUUUUGGCUGCUUGCCUGCAUGAAUGGGGGUGUUAUAAGAAGACAAUUGACUUGAUGCAAUUUAAAUUGUCUUGAUUUUAGUUGAGUUGAGCUGAGUUAAGCCGAGUGGGGUUGAGUUGUGUCGCGUCAUUUCAGCUUGAGUUAAGUGAUGUAAAUUUGAGAUGAGUUUAGAUGAGUUGAAGACCCACUCCGAUGAAAAUCUUGUUUUUCUUGUUGUCUACAUGUUCAUAUGGUAUUUUUCUGAUGCUACAGGACAAAUCAUGAGAAAACUAAAUGCGAAAUUGCUUUUCUGAGCCAAUCCAAGCUCAGAAAGGUAAUUAUGAUAUUAGCUUUCACCAUGUCCCUAAAGACAUUAGUGUCCAAGAGCUGAAUAGCUCCUAUGUUACCUGCCACUUCUGCAAAGGUAGCGUCUUCCUCACCUCAGAUCUCAGUGCCCAGUCAUGUCUCCUCACCAUCAGCUGCUAACUGUGUAGAUGCGUAUGUAUGUGAAGUUGUGUGUGUGGAAAUGUAUGUCUAUGUUCACGGGUGUGUGUGUAUGGGUAUAAUUGUGUGGGUGGGAGGUUUGGGGUUUUCUUGGGGAUUUUAAUGUUUCAUUUUGUUUUUUUUGCUUUGUAAGGCACUUUGUGUAACAACUUGUAGGAAAAGUGCCAUAUAAAUAAAAUAAAGUUGAAGUUGAAGUUGCUGCACAGGCUGCAAGCCAAUGUAAAGAUGGGUGUGCAGAGCAGGACUGUCUUCGACCAUGACUCAGAGGUGAAUUGCUCAUGAUCUACUGGAGCUCUGCAGAAGAAAAGCCCUUGAAAAUGACAGUUAAUGUGAUUGUGGCUGAAAACUUAAUAAUCACAAUUUGAAGACCACUGAGAACAGUUUUAGUUAAAUAUAAAAGAUCGGAGUGGGACUUUAAGUCGCAUUAAGUUGAGUUGAGUUGAGCUGGGUAAGGUUGAGUUGGGUUGGAUUGGGUCAGGUUGGGUCAGCUAGUUAAAUUGAGUCAAGUCAAGUUGGCUUGGGUUGAGGUGAGCCAGGUUGAGUUAAGCUGAGUUGAGAUGAGUUGAGCUUAACUGAGUAGAGCUUAGUUUGGCUGAGUUGAGUUGAGCUUAAUUUAGUUAAGCUUAGUUAAAUUGAGUUAAAUUGAGUUGAGCUUAACUGAGUUGAGCUUAGCUGAUUGAGUUGAGCUGAGUUUAAUCGAGUUGAGUUUAAUCGAGUUGAGUUGAGUUGAGUUGGGCAAAGUCCAGUCAAGUUGUUCUUCACUGAAAUGAGCAGAGUUGAAGAGGCCUUUCAGGGCCCACUCAUCAGAACACAUGGUUUCUGCAGAAAAGACAUUGUUCUCAUAUUUUUUGAUUGGCAAGAUACCACACAAUAAGACAGACCUAAUGGAAAAGGAAAUAUUUCCAACUGCAUGAUGCCAUGCUGUUAUCAAUCCUGUCAUCUUCUGAGAUUCUGCUUUUCAAAAACAAGUCUUCACACUGUGAUGUGAAUCAAACCUCCUGAAUUUGCCCUUAAACACUCUGUACACUUUCAUUUAGUCUUCAGUGACCAACAAUGCCUCCCUAAAUCUCAACCAGGAAGGGAAAAAACACCUUGAAUCAAUAAAGUUCAGGUUCUCACAGGGCUUAACAAAUUACAUUUCCCCUGUUAGAAAUAAAUAGAAGGUAGUUUGUAGUAGAUUUUUAACUUCACAUGGUAGAUUUGCAUAAAAGCAAGAGGUAGUUGUUAUUCGUCACAUGCAAACAUGGCCAAGGUUUCUACCAAAUACUGCGUACAUGUUUUCCACUAUGUUUCUUCUUUAUGGCACAACAUCCUGCUUCAUCCCUUGUCACAACGAUGGGGAAAUCAUGCACACGGCCUGGGAACCUCCAGUCCCUCCGGUCUCCAUCUUUGUAAUCCUGACCUUCUUGUCAAAACCAAAUCUGCAAAUACGCCAAGGCUGACUUCACUACCUCAGCUUGAACUUUUCAAAACCUCAUGGUCUGUGGGCUCAGAUGUGAAAGAACAACAGGGUGUGUGUUUACCUCUGUGUCUAAUCGUUCUGCCUCUCAGACAACUCUCCAUGCAAAGCCUCCUCUGGCCUUUCCAUGGAAUUCUUCCAAGGCUGCUCUCUCCCCUCUGUGUUUAAGAAAGCUUUUUUAUUUUUCAGAAAAUAGAGUCCUUGUUUCCACCUUGCAUUGGAUCACUUCACUCCUCACUGCUGUGUAAUGUGGGAGUCCCUGGGGGGAAGGAACCUUGAGGCAAUGGGCGUUUUUUUCUGCGUUAUUUCCCUUUUUUUCACUCUCAGAAUGACGCACUGGAAAUCACGCUGGCCACCAGAGUGGAAGAAGGAGGUGACUCUCUGCAUGACUGGCAAUACACAAACAUUGGACACAGUCCCAUCCAUUCCUAAGCUUGACAGGGAGUUAGACCCAGAGGAUGAGGCAGAAACAGCCCUGAGUUUUCUUUGCCCCUGGAAAUAUCCUCCCUGCAAUGAAGACAGCAGAUGUCUCUCGGUUGGGGAACAAACGGGGACAUUUGCAAAGGCAGGCCCCAAACGGGAGUACGUCACCCCUGAGCUGCCUGUACAGCCAACUGAAAGUCCUGUAGACUUUACAGAGGGUUACACAGUGUCAGAAGAGGAGUGUGUUCAUUUAAGUGAGUAAGAUAAAUGUGUUUUCUGCAGCUCCUAAGAGGCCUCAUAUAAUAGAAUAAACUGUGCUCUGUGCUGAGAGAGGUGAUGCCUGUGAAGUUCUCUGAGGUGAAUAACCUUACAGGGAAAGAGCUGCAGGAUGUUUCUCACACACCAGGUGCACAAUGAGAAGCUCAGAUCAGUGUUUUUCCUCCUGCUGCUCCUGGUUGGAAGGUGUUGUGAGACAGUUCAUUCAAAUUCCCUGAAGCAAAAGCUUUGAAAGUCGAGAGAGGGAUUCCAACGAGGGACUGCCAAAAGAUACAAAGGCAACACAGGAGAAUAUGUUCCCCUCUUGUUUCCUCCUUUUGUUCUUCAGCUUUAGCUCCUUCAUGCAGAUUUGUUCAAGGCCUUUUUCGUCUGGUUCCCUGUGGAAUAUUUUUGGGGGAAUAUUCAUAUCUGACUGCUGAGCUCCUGCAAGCAUGGAAACACGCAGAUACACUUGCCAUAUCCCCAGUCCAACGCUAUCGGUGCAUCCAGCUAAUCGGCCAUGCACUAUGAUGCAUGAUAAGGGUAUGCUGCGUUUUGAUAAAGAGAAGCCACAGCACAGCCACGAUCUGCUGUCUCGGCAUGAGCAGGCCGGUGUCAUAAAUCAACAGGGCCUGUUUACUGGCUGCAGAGCUGUUUGGCUGAUAAAGAUUAAAAGGUUUGCAACUGCGAAGUUUAUUUCACACAAACAAGCAUCACAAGCAAAACACCACUUAGCUUUUGCCAAGACCUGAUAUUUUAAAUCUGACCGGGGAUUUACGAAGCAGCCGUGUCAAAAGUUAUGAUGGCACGCCAAACAACAAUCCAUGAUGGAUUCUGGGUGGAUAUACAAGCUGUGUGAGUUAUAGCAAGAACAAAUCUCCAUUUAGACAGACAAGCAAAAGUUUAGUUGGCCUGUUUUAUUUUUUUAAACACAUAUAUUCAUGUCAUCUUUGAGAAUCAUGGCUUCUGCUCUGAGCUGGACAAAGUAUUAUCUAGUCGGGGAUGAAAAUAGAUCAAAAAAUGUAUUUAAAUUCACUGACGGUGCCGCCUCUCAGUAGAUUUAUCAGUAAGGUUGCCUUUAUUUCUUUACCUUAUCAUUGUUUUAAAGUUAAAUCAUCACUGUAGCUAUCACAAGAGGACAGUAAGGCUGACUUUGAGCCUGACAAACAAACAGAAAAAGGACAUCAAGCUUUUAACCUCAACAGCCACUGAGUUCGCAAAAGAUAUUAUAAAGUAACUGACGUCCUUGUUGUUUUCACAGGAGUUCUCAUUCAGGUUAGCCAAAUAGUCCAAAACAUAGACUGUAUAUACUAUGGACAACUUGGCUCCGCCUUCCGCCAUGAUAAGAAUUUAAAGCUGAAUUGCUCUCGGUAUUCCCGAAGUUUUCUCUUUAGCGUUGUAGGCAUUUGGCGGGAGAAUCAUGGUGAAGAUGCUCUGCUCAAACAACGUAUUCCCCCGGUGAGCUACGUAAACUUUGUACGCCCAUAGGCUGUAUCAAGUGUCAAUCAUAGAAAACAUGAACCUCCUAAUAACUUUUAAAAAUGGAGCUGCACAGAAAAAAGAGGACUUGAGCACAAACCAGUCUUACUGUAACUGCAUGUCAACAUCGCAAGCAGGGGGGAGAAAAAUUUAUAUUCUGUGUAAUAUUUAUCCAAAUUUUUCCACGGCUCCAUAAGGAUUGCUGGAGAAGGCGGGAUUUAUGACCUAUACUGCAGCCGGUCACCAGAGGGUGCUGUUCUUGCAGUGGCUUCACCCAGCGAGGAGGCAGACGGCGUCUAUUCUAUAUACAGUCUAUGAUUACACCAAAAGAAAGAAAAAGCUCUGACAGCAAUAAGAGGGUUUGGUACUGCUCAUCACAGGAUAACAGAGUCUACAGGAAAACAAUGUUGAAUGGGUUUGUACAGAGUGGCUCAUGCUGGCACAGCUAGUACCACCAGCUUUUUGUCUGCCUUGCAGGUUGAUUUCGACCUGCUUCCAUCUGUUCUUGAGAAAUAAAGCUACACAUAUAAACACAUAUAAAGCUUAAUUGUACACAUAUUCUAUACCUAGACUGUAAGCUAUGUGGUGUCAGCAUUUCAAUGAAGGCGACCACCAACCAUCACCAAUGGGCUUCAAAACUCAGCUGGGCUCUGUGGUCCCCCUGCCUCUGCUUGCUAUGCAUUCUUCCUGUCAAGUAAACCGGACUCUGGCAGACUAAGUAACUAAUCUCAUUUGUCUUCUUCAAACCACUGCCAAACUGGCCCACCCAAUUUUCUCUAUUAUCAAUCUUUAUUCAAUCAAUCUUUAUUUAUAUAGCACCAAUUCACAACAAGUGUUAUCUCAUGACAUUUAACAAAAACAGUUGGUCUUGACUAGACUCUGUUUACAAAGACCCAAUGUAAAGAUGGGAUCAGACUGAGCCUCCUUUGUAAGAUCAGACCCACUCCCACCCCAUCUUAAACCACAUGAGGGAAACACUUUAUAAAGCACUGAGAGAGUUACAGUGGAGAGGAAGAACUUGCAAUGUAAUUUAACAGACAAUGUCAUUUACAGGCAGAAACCUUGAGCAGAACCAGAGUCAUGUCAUGUUAGACAGUCAUCGGCUGAGACUGAGCUGGGUUUAGAGAGGAGAGAGAGAGAGAGAGAGACAGACAGAAGAGAGACUAAAAAAUGCUGUGUUAGUGACUGUAAUGGGACAUGAUAUUUCAAAGCUUGUUACAUAAAAAGAAAGAGGAUGGAGAAAGAGGUAAAGGUGCUUCGUGUACCAGUACCUCCAGCAGUCUAAACCUGUAGCAGUGAAACUAAGAGCUGGUCCAGACCUGAACCAGCUCAAACUAUGAGCUUUAUCAGGAUGUAAGUGUUUGUUUACAUCCUGAUAGUAGGGCAUUACAGCAGUGUGGCAGCGGCUGUUAACCAGAGUAUAGCUAUAGUGCUGCCCUCUAGGGGCUGGCCGGGCAUUACCGUAGACACAACAUAAGCCUGGCAUUUUAGACCAACUUCACUGAAAAUACGAAUAACUUAACCAUUUAAGUGACUUGUACUUCUUAUGUUUCUUUGACUAAACACACACAUCCCUCGAGUUUACACAGUAUGUUUAACGCCAUUGUGCAGAUUAAAAAAACUGUGGAUCAAUCUGGAAUUUUCACGUCCGUCCGUGUAAAUUCAACUGCAGUGGUUCUUAACUUUUCCUUAUACACAUCAAGCAGGCACUGAACAGAGUACAGCACUUGUUGUAGUGUGAGAUUUUGGCAGCAUGGCGGUGUAAAAUCCAUGUUCCCUUUUUUAAGCUUCGUAUUGGUCUUUGUGUAUUUGGUUCUUUUUGCUCUACUUACUUCACGUAUCUUGGCAAGCUGCUCUGAUUGUUUUGAUCUCUCCGGAUUACAGAUUGAUGAGAGGAGAAAUGGAACCAAAAUAUUUAUGUUGUAGGUCUUCAAAAACAAAUCAGCAAGCUUUAGGACAAAGACCGCUCCACAAGGCUUUUGUUAUUGGCCCGAUUGAGGACAUAAAUAUAUUCAGGAUUAUUGCAACAGACCAUCCAUAUAGUUUGUGCAAUUAUAAAUCAUCAUCGUGGAACGCCAUGAUUUGCCAACAGAUGAGUCAGUUCACCUCCAAUUUAAGAGAAAGUAUCCUGAAACUGUCUAAACUCUGUCAUGAUUUUAUGUGUGAGGGGGGCUUUGGAAAGAAAACACUGUCUGUGCUGUGUUUGUGAGCUCAACUUCCCAGCACACAUUCAUCUCUUUGCCUCUACGAUGGCCAGCACUGUCAGAGGCUGUGAGGCGAAAUGCAAAUGAUGAUAAUCUCCAAAAACCUUUCUUCUAAACUUUCUUUCAAAGACAGCACAAACAAUGAUUUUGCAAACCACUCUCACGUGGGUUUGACUGCACAAAUGGAUAACUUGUUUUUUUCCAGUCAACCUUAAAAGCAAGUGUCUCAGCCUGAGACUCAUGAAAGCUUCGCAGCCAGUGAUUAUCGCGCAGGCAAGAGCAAAAUGUAUAAUUUGCUAGUAUUCCUCAAAUUCGUAUAAUGACUUGCUUUGUUAGUUUCCUGAGGAUUAUUUUGCUGACGUCAAUCUGCUGCUGACUCAUUGAGCUCCAUUAUAGUAACAGUGGCAGUCAGAGAGAAGAACUAAAUCCAGGCCUGUCCAUCAACAGCUUCAGGUUGCUGGGUGUGCUUCACUCCUCUGUCCACCUGACCUUCUUCCCUGUAAUUUUACACACACACUCUCACCUCUUCUCUUACAGAUGUGGACGAGUGUGUGACCAACACCCACAGCUGUCGUCCCAGCGAGCGCUGCGUGAACACAGUGGGCUCAUUUGUCUGCGAGCUACAGGUCACUUGUCCUGCAGGAUACCGGCGGAGGAACAGUGUUUGUGAAGGUGAGGUCACUGUAACUGAUGUGCUUCAUGAAGCAGAGUGACUCAGCAGUCAUUUCCAGAGCUAAAGAUUAAGUCUGUGAUGUCUUCUUCUUCAACAAGCACAAAAGAGCUUCAACUUAAAGAGGUUUGAUACAGCAGAAAGUACAGUCAUGCAAAACCCUUUUACAAGAUCUUUCCUCGGUGUACCUCUAAACCAAGCCCCUCUGUUAACACCAUAAACACUGUGGCCAGGAAAAGUGUCAUAGCCUACUUUGGUCACAAGUUUACAACUUCUAGAAACUUUACAAAACUUCAAAUAAUGUCAAAAAUAUAACAUUUCAGAGCUGAAAAUAUGAAUCUCUUAUGGUUGCUUAUUGCAGAUUAUAAUAAGAAUAGAUUGUUACUUUUUUAUCUCAUCUUGCAUUAAAGAGUUGAAUAAUGUUAAAGGGAUAUUCCGGCAUAAAUUUAAGUUAUGGUCAAACAUACUGUAACACCGAGUUAGACACCCCCUCAAGAGAUGAGUGUCGCCAACUGCUUGCUUCUCUAGUUAUACCAACUUCAGCAACGACCGCACACUAGCAAUACACAGUGGUCUACAUCCCCACACGCAAACCUCAACCAAAAAGACUCAUCAGGGCUCGAGGGGGUGUCUAACUUGGUGUUACGGUGUGUUUGACCAUAACUUAAAUUUGCGCUGGAAUAUCCCUUUAAAAAAAAUCAAUGUGGCCCUGAUUUAAUCUGUGCUGUUUACUGGAGAAUGUGUACCUUAGACUGUUUAAGUAGGACUCACUAUCUUCCUGUGUUACCACUUGUGUUGUCACUAGAAAUAUCCUGGAGAAGACCUGGAAAAAAAAAGAAAAACAGGAAAAUGUGGAAACCCUGGUCUACAUAUUUAUAGUCAGUAAUGACGAAUGAGGCAAAAAAAAAAGUUAAAAUCUUUUCAGAUGACGGAAACAGUUGAUCUUUAGCUCAAUAUCCAUCUUUUUUAAAGGGCUAAUUCAGUGAAAAACUGCCUCAAAAGUUUGAAGAAAAUUAUUCGAAGUAAUGCUUUUAUUUGGCAAACACCUGAUGAGCCAGACUCUCCAAAAGUAAAAAAAAGAUCCCGUGGCACACCUCGAGCUAACAAGAAUUUUUAUAUUUUGUUGGUUUAAUCCAAAAGAGUGUUCUGGACUUGGUCUGCAUCGAGCUGGUUUCCUGGCAUCAUGUUAAUUAGCAGCAAUUUAAAGUUCUGGUCCAUAGAUUUUGUAACCUAAAUGGGGCGCUCACACCAAGCGCAAGUAAAAUCAUCUACUCGCUUAAUUUAGGCGAACAGGCUGUGAUGGACAAAGGUUUUUUACAUCUUACAUCAGGUAAUCCGUCCUUUUUAUUCCGUUUGCGGUAACUGAAAGAAAUGUAUCGUAUGAUUCGGGGCACCCACACACCAACACGGUCAGUUUGUCCUCCAUCUUACGUCACCCGGCAACCUUAGUGUUGAUUAGUCAUCGCGACACGAAUAUUUGCUCAAGUCGAGACAUUUUCAGCUCCCGCCUAAUUUGCGUCAUUCAUGCCGCCAGAGUAGUACGAGUGUCUAAUCAUGUCUUUGCAUUGACUUAACAUGUAAUUCAGUCGCGCAAAUGAUUUUACUCGCGCUUGGUGUGUGACUUUCAGGGGAUCAUUCACUUACAAAUGUAUCUAUCACCCUUAAAAGAUGCUUUUGUUUGUGUUUGAGGGUCAAACUCAGUACUUCUGGUUUCCAAGUAAUUCAAAGAGGACCCUGCAAUAUUCAGCACAUUUGUCCAACACCCCUGGCUCAAUCUUUGGGACAAAAAUGGAUGCCUCUGCAUGCAGACACAAGCUAUUCUGGUCCACGAGUUUGUCAUCAUAUCCCCGGUGUGUGUCUCUGUCUAAUUGUACCCAGAAACCCAAAAUAAGUUGUCCUUAUAGAGCCCCUUGAGCUCACACAAAUCCCUGAAUACCAAUGCAGCGCAGUGCAUCAUUGAUAGGUGUUAAGGGUAUUCAGGCAUUAUUUAUGGCAAGCAGUUGUUUUCAAAGAGGCUCCUCAGCAGAACCAGGAUAAAUUAUGCAGCUCAAUUUCACCCUCAGUCCCAGUGUAGAUAAAUACGAUCAACAUAAAUGACUUAAAUCCUCAGAGUAAAGCAUCCAGGAGAGAUUAUUAAUCAUUUUCAUUCUGAGAUUUUAGCUGUACUGUAAAAAAAUCUCAGGUCAUGACCCAAACUCAGCUCAGUCAGCAAGACUUCAUUAAUAUUUCUGCUGUUUUGGCCUCCGUGGCUCUGUUUGUAGUUGAGCAGAUGCCCGGGUUCAAUAUGUGACAAGGUAAUCACCCAGAGAGGCAGUAUUGUGCAGGCGGGAAAGCACUUUGUAGCUCUGUGACUUGUGUCACCAGCACUUGGCAGCCGGCAGGACCAAUCAAUGUAGCAAGAUAAUGAAAGUAAUAUUUAGUCGACCAUCCAGCACGGGGGGGGGACUAAUUAGCUGCUUGAGAGGGAAGACUGAUGGCUGCUGUUGCAUUGGAAAUGUAUCUCCCUGAUGAUGACUGUUGAAGGAAAAACUAAAUGAAGACCUCCUGAUUAUCUGACGCGGGGUGAGACUCCGAGGACUCAAGAUUGUACAAACCUUUUAAAAAAAUCUGUCUUGCGCUUAAAAGGACAAAUGUUUCAUUUGAACUCUGUCCAUUGCAGGGAGAUUCAAUACCUGUCAAUUAAAGAGUUCUGCUUAACUUCUCUUAAUUGCAAAGUGGGAAAGAAACGGUAUUUCCAUAGGAGUGGAUAUUUUCCUCAAGUUAAACAAAGUGUGAAUGAAAGAGAAACAUUUCCUGGGCACUGCGUGUUUGCUCUGAGCUUGAACCACAGUGCCACCUACUGUUCUGUUAGCAAACUGCAGCUGAGAUACUUGAAAGUAUACGUAAACGUUUAAUUCAAGUGUGGAUCAUUUUGUUUUUUUAAUGAUGACAUUUAUAAGAUUUAUGAUCCUCUUUUCUCUCCUCCAGACAUUGAUGAAUGUGCUCUGCACACCCAUAACUGUGGGAUGGGUUUUGUGUGUAAGAACACCAUGGGCUCUUUCCUGUGUAAUCCCAAGCAGAGGUGCAUGAGCGGCUUCACACAGGAUUCUCAUGGCAACUGUAUCGGUAAGACUCAGUCAGCAGGAGACUUUGAAACAUCUGUGGCACUCCGAAUCCUGCUGGCAAAAUCUAAACCACUCUCUUUUACUUUUCAGCCUGUGACCUCAAAAUAGUAAUGUUAGGCAUGUAGGCCAAUCCAAAAUGGACAUAAGAAGAAGAUAAAUAAACACAACAGCCAGACCACCAAAGUAUCACUAAAGAGGCAUUUAAGAAAGGCUAGAAGUUGGAUACAGGUGAUCCAUACAUGUAGACUGAAGCAGUGAAAUAACUAUUGAAGAAACAGACACAGACAUGAGUCUGUUUGUGUCUCAGCUUCAUACUGGCUCAUAGUCAGAAACUUAUUUUAUUUGCAUGACUUUUAUUAAUUGCAGCUCAUGUGAGAAGCUUUUUUUUGGUAUGAAAUAAAUUAAAACUUAUAGUGAUUGCCUUUUUGGAAAAGCAGACAGGCUGCAUCUUUUUUUACCAUUUCUAUACUGUGAUUUUUUUCAUGCCUGAAACUGGUAGUGAAGUUUAUGUCAGAGGACUCUGCCUAUGCACUUAGAGGAUGAAGUUAAUGUCGCAUUCACACCAAGAGCUAAAGAAAGUAUCUGCGCGACUGAAUUACAUCCAUAGACUGUAUAUACUAUGGAUAACUUGGUUCCGCCUUCCGUCAUUAUACAAAUUUGAAGCCAAAUUGCUCUCAGUAUUUCCAAGAUUUUCUCCACCUCCUGGAACCACCACUUGCGCAGUAGCGUUGUAUGCAUUCAGCGAGAAAGUCGCUGUGAGUCACUGUGAUGACACUCGGCUCAAAUAGUGUAUCUCCCUGGGUGAGCUAAGCAAUCUUCGUACGCCCAUCGGCUGUAUCAAGUGUCAAUCAUAGACAACUUGAACCCCCUAAUAACUUUUAAAAAUUGAGCUGCCCAGAAAAAAGAGGACUUGAGCACAAACCAGUCUUACAGUAACUACAUGUCAAAAAUCGCAAGCAGGGGGGAGAAAAAUUUAUAUUUUGUGUAAUAAAUUUCUAAAGUUUGUCCACAGCUCCAUAGGGAUUGCUGGAGAAGGCUGGAUUUUUGACCUAUACUGCAACCCGUCACCAGAGGGUGCUGUUCUCACAGUGGCUUCACCCAGCGAGGAGGCAGACUCUGUCCAUUCUAUAUACAGUCUAUGAUUAGAUCAAGUCAAUGCAAAGAUGUGAUUGGGCGCAGCAGAUUUCCACGUUCUUGUGGUCCCUUGAAAUAUAUUUUUGAUACAUAAAUUAAAAUUAUAUUAAAGUAAAAUCUUACAUCAAUAGUUUUGUCAGGUUAGAUGGUCAUUAAGUGACAACUAUCAACCCAAACAUUUCAAGUCUGACUCAGCCAGAGAUCACAAAACAGUAAUUGUGGUCUUGUUUAAAUCAACAGUCGUUUCCUGCUUGGAUGCACUGAGCCAAAAGUGCUCCGUGAUUAUCAGUGAAACUUUUAUAUCCUUCAUUUCCUGCAUGAAAAGAAUUAAAGCCAGCUUUACUUUGAAUGUUUAAAAGGAUCAUCUUAAGACUCAGCAACAUUAAAAACUACUAUUGAGUGCAAUAACACAACUGUUUGUGCAUCUGGUGCAGUAUAGAUGUGUCACUGAGGAUAGACAACUUCUUCAGAUGUCCUCAAAUAUAAACUUGAAAAUCUGUUGUGUCUUUCCAGCCGUCUACAUCUUAAUUUUCCCCAGGCUCAUCCAUUUGUAACAAUUUUAAGAAUUUUGUCUCUGCUUUUUGAACACUAUACAGGACUUUGUGGAUACAUUUAAGGUGCUUUACCAGUUCACAGAGGGUGGUUUAAAAAGCAGGACUUAUUACAUUCAGCUUUGCAAUUUUUGCGAAUAUCAUUCACUUACUACAAAGUCCUUCUGAAUAAAUUCACAUAUGCUGAAUCUUGAAUUCUCCAUCCACUUUAAUACCACUGCUCCUGACAAUUGAAAACACAUCAUACAUAAAUAUAUACCACUAAUAAGUCAGCCGGUGUGCACCAUUACAUUAUCCUGGUGGUCAUAAGUACAGGCCUGUCAUUCAGGAUUAAACAUCCUCACAAUCACUCGCCUGUAAAGCCUUGACUUCCUUCACUGUCUUCAGGUUUUAUCCUCUCUCUCUCUCUCUCUCUCUCUCUCUCUCUCUCUCUCUCGCGCACUCUCUAUCUUUCUUUAUGCAGACAUAAACGAGUGCAGCAGCCUGAGUGAGCCGUGCAGCCCCGGCUCUAACUGUAUCAACACAGUGGGCUCCUACACCUGCCAGAAGAAGGUCAUAACCUGCAACCAUGGCUACCAUGCCAGUUCGGAUGGAGCCAAGUGUGUUGGUGAGAUUAACCUCAGUAGCACAACAGCAUGGACAGAGGAGGCGGGAACUAUAGCAAAAUGUGAAUGAAAGCAUCGAGGUUUGUGGCUGGAACAGGAAUACUCUAUUCAAUGGUCACAAAGUACCGAGAAAAAGACAAAAUGUGCUUCAGUAUCGUCCUUCUAUUCAGAAGAAGACCCAACAAUAAGAAUUAAAAACUGCAUUCAGUGCUGAUGAAAAUAUCAAGCAUAAUUGCAGAUCAUCUAUACUGGCUUUUUACUUCUUUUGGAGAUCACUGAAAAAAUUGGUGAAAACACAUGCCUGAGUUUCUGAGUGUUUGUACAGUGUCUGUAUUUGUGUUUCAGUGGGUCAAUGCUAAGGUAGUACAUCUUUGUCUCUGCCUAUCUAGACAUUGAUGAGUGUCAGAUGGGGACACACCGCUGUGGAGUGGGCCAGAUCUGUCACAACCUUGCUGGCAGCUACCGCUGUGACUGUCAGACGGGCUACCAGUACGACGCAAUCCGCAUGACCUGCAUCGGUACGUUUUGCUAUGUCAGGGCUGCAAGAUGAUGAUGAUGAGCAGAUUUGAGGUGUAUUAUCCAAAUUGUUUUUGGCAGUGGAAGAAAAAAUGAAUGAGGUCUAUUAACGCUUAAAAUUCAAAACUUUCAAGAUUCAUCACUGAGAGUAAAAUUAAUGAGCUGAAAGCUGCACAAACAGACAGCCAUCAUGGAGAAAACUGUCUCUGUUAUCUCAGGGCAUAAACCAUAAUGACAUUUUGAAAUGGUUCAAUCAAUACACACAAUUUGAGCAUGGAAACAGGAAAAACCAAGUGUACUGCAACUUACAGACUUUUUCUCUCCCCUUGUGAGGCAGAAGUUGCAGCCAAAGCUGGAUCAUGACUGUCCUCCUUAAAUAUCAUCCUGUUUAUUGAAGUGAAACGUUGUUGCAGUAACAUUUAGAGAGCGCCUAAACAUGUCUGAUGACAUUUCUCAUAAUGACAAAUGAGUUGGUAAAGAGGACCCAGUUGAGCUUCAAACAAACUUUUAUCCCUGCAGGAGGAGAAGACGGUGGAGAAGGAUGCACUAAAUGGGCUCCCAAAUAGUAUAGAAUAUAUAUUUUCCAAGCAACUUUGUAGUGAGAAGCACUAAGAUUAUGUCAAAUAAUUCACCUAUUAUACUUAUUUUCACCUUUUGCAGUGGUGCAGGAUUUGCAGCUCCUCAUUUUUCUCAUACUGGCAUCAAUUUUAGCAGCAUUCAGCCGCCGCCUGAAACUCCUUGUUUAGCUGCUUUCCCGGUGAAAUCAAGACAAAGUGUUUGGGUGUUACUUUUUACACAUCUUCGUAUUUAUGAAAUGACUGGAAACUUAGACAGAAAACAUCUGAGGCUUGCCAACCACACCCUCGCUAGUUCAUCAUUGUAUGUGUUAUAUCCUUCACCGUUGUGUUACUAAAUAUAACAAUAAUUUCUUAGACCACGAUGUUACGCUAAAGGUUUAUUGACGUCGAGAACAUAGAGAAGGCUACCCUGCAUGCACCGGAUGCAUGUCAACUAUGGGUCCUAUGAUAACCCAAAAUACACAACAGUAUGUUUGCUAGUGUUAUAUUCAGUGGCAAGCAGUGACCUUUUACUGUGGUCAUGCUGAAGUGUCAACCCCAUGCGAGCGCCCGCAAGGGUGCAACUCAAAAAUUUCAACUCAAACAUUUAUUAAUAAAAACACAUAAUAUGGUUUUUAACUGCAAUAUCAACUCAGUUUUGACAGACACUCUCACACUCUCCAUGUUGCCAACAAAGUGUGUGAAUUUACAGUGUAUAGAUCGGCUGAAUGAAAGCAGAAAUAUUCAGGACUGAAGGUCCUUACACACCAGCAAAUUUGCAGAGCGAAGCGAAAACGCGAGACGAAUAUGCGAAAAUAUUCGCCGGUCCGAAAAAUCGCUUUCGCUUAUACACACCGGGCGACCAUUCUGUGGUUACACACUGUCUCCCAUCGUUGCUCUUGGUGCCAGUGGUGGUGUGUGUCGUGUGAACUGCAGCCGCAUGGGUCUGUGACGUCAACAACAACAUGACUUUUGAUUGGCCAGAGGUCUAGCAGGUCCAGAUAUUCGCCUGCGAAUCUCCGAAAAAUUCAACACUAGAGCAAAAAAAUAAAAGACGCUUUUCGUCCCGUGGAAAAAUCGCCGCCGGUGUGGAAGCUUGCAUUGACUUUAUGCUGUAUUAAAAAAAGGCGAAUAAAGGUGAAUAAUUUGACUGGCGAAUUCGCGCCUUGACACAGGUUGAUGCACGCACACACAUUAAUGUAACCAGCUCUGUGGUGAGUCAAAUGACACAAUCACAUGCUUACAAAGUUACCAACAACAUUUUGGACUUAACAGUAUUCGGAACUUGCUUGCGCCCAUGAAGUGGGCUCAACCCGGGUUCAGCUGUGCUCGAGUGGAGCGGGAGAGAGGAAAAGCGUCCCGGCGCAGCGGCAGGGAGUGAGGAUUUCAGCACCGCUGAACAAUUCAAACAAGCCAGUUAUGCGCAUGCGUGUUGGCAGAUAAGCUGCUUCAGUGACAGCAUUUUUGCUAUUCAAAAUGCUCAUCAACUGUAAAUACAGCCUCUUGCACUAACUGUAUUACUCGGUAUCACAGUGCGCAUGAGCGAAACAAGCUGUCCGCUUUCCAGCUUUUCGCAAGCAAAACGGGUCAGAUUGGGCAGGAAUUUAAGACCAAAACAAUAUAUCUAAGGUAUUGUAUAACUGACCACACUGACAGAUUAAUAUGUUCAGUGAUUUUUAUUGAAGGGCUUGGGCAUGCACUGCAUUUACAGCUUAUUAUGACCGCUCACCCCUGGUUAUAUUACCUGCUGUUAUGUUGUCGCUUAGGUCCAGAGUUUAGUUGGUGUGUGGCAGCCAUCAGCACAAACACUGACCGCCAUAUAUAUAGCUAGAAUAAACAUGUAGGGCAACACUGUUUAUUACAAUAAGACUAGUCAAAAACUCCCCACAGGAGCUUUAAUGUCAGCGAGGGAAACAUCUCAGCUCUCUUAAAAAGCUAAAUCUAAAGUGAUCAGCCUUUUCAUGAUCACCUGCUGCUAACCAGCCAUCAUUAGUGUAGUCACUGAGUUUCUGCUAUUUACAAAAUACCUUUCUAUAAUAUCCAUUUCACAUUUCUUUCUCUUUUUUUCAGCACUCAGAUGUCUCUACGCUCGAAUAAAGAACCUCUUCUGUAUAAUACGCAAUAGAAAUAUGAUCCUUAAUCGAAAUUCUUGUUUUAUUCUGCAAAUGAAGGUUCUUAAUUGCUGCUAACCUUUGAGCUCAGUUGAUUGCCAAUAAGAGACAAUGUUUUGCACUGAUACUUGAAGGUGAUCUCAAAUACUACACUGAGAGCCACCAGUGUAUUUACCAUAUUAGCCAGAUAGAAAUAAUUAGCUUAUACUGUGUAAAAGUGUCUGUACACAUCAGCGGCUGUGUGUCUUGAUGAGAGCUGGCAUUGAGUCCUCAGAGGCCCAGAGGUAUCUUACUGCAGUCUAAUGGCUCCUUCCUCUGCUCUGACAGAUGUAAAUGAGUGCUGGCGCUAUCCUGGCAGGCUGUGUGCCCAGACCUGUGAAAAUACCCCAGGCUCCUACCACUGCUCAUGCACAGCCGGCUUCUCUCUGGCAAUGGAUGGCAAGAACUGUGAAGGUAAGCCUGACUGUUCCUGUGACAAAAUAGUUGUUCAGCCCAUUAUUCAGAUGGACUUUUCUGUUUUCUGUAAAGAACAUAGAACAUAAAGUUAAGCCUCAGGGGACAACACAGGCAGAAAAUUCAAAUGCAGCCUCUCACAGUCUUUGGCAGAUCAAAUAUAGAUGGUAAACUGUUCAAGAGUCCUCUGCAGGUCUUUGUUAUCAGCAGAGCCUUUUUUCUCUGUUGGAAUUUAAUUCAGUCUCCAUCUCUUGGAUGCAGAAAUCUUUUACAUGCACAUCAAAUGGUUUCAGGUUUAGUCUUCUGUGGUAAAGACAUGGCAGUGCUUCAAAGAGCAAAGCUGCACAGCAGCGUGAUUCACAUUAUGCUCAGUUUGUCGCAACCAUAAUUCAGGAAACUCAUUUAGUUUGUUGAGGUUUGUGUUCUCUGUUAAGCUGGAGCCUUCUUUCUUUUUAUAAUUAUUAAAAAAACACUCAUCUGAGUGAAAUAAUUAGAUGGUGUUGAGUGUUUUUUAGAUUUAUUUGCUCCAGACACUAGUAACAUGUCUUUCUUAGGAAAACAGUUUAAUCAAACAGAGCAUUAUUCUCGCCGGAAAGGAAUCUGAAAUCUGCCUUUUCAUGUUUCUUUUGAUGAUCACUCCCUCGUCUGGUGAAAUGGUUGAGUUUAAUUGGUAGUGAGAGGAUAUUUUUUAACAUCUUGCUACAUAAAACCAAGGAGAGAUCAAGCCACCCAUGAACUGAUUGUUCCAGAAAAUUAAGUGUUCAUCUCUUUCAAGGUUGUCUUCGUUUAUUGUGACUAUAUUUCACAGGCACACCUGCUGCCUCUGACACUCACUCCAUUAAUCAAAUACUUACACCUGAAAAUGGUUUGUAAUGUGUUUUUCACAAACUACCGCACCUAAGUAUUUUUCUUAAGGGGGGGUGAGAUACAAGGAAGUAGUGGGUGAAAAACUAGCAGAUAAAACGACUGAGCCUGAGAGACUUUCUGUAAACCAUGAAAAGCACCGUAACUGUAUUCUUUCUUUCUGUGUAGAUAUCAAUGAAUGUGACAAAAACCCCUGCAGCCAGGAAUGUGCCGACAUCUACGGCUCGUAUCAGUGCUACUGUCGCCAAGGAUACCACCUGAAAGAGGAUGGACACACCUGUGAAGGUAUUUCACACUAAAGUACACACAUAUCUCCAAGGAAAAUCAAAAGUGGAUUAAGAAGGCACCAAAACAAAUGUAAACUAAAUUGAAUAUUCGACUGUCAUAAAGCCUGAUGCAUUUUUCUUCCAUACUUAUACUUAAUGGGGCAGACACAUUACUUCAAGUCAGUAUGCACAAGAUGUUGAUGCUAGGUGUCUUCAUGUCUAAAGAAACAACGUGUUGUAAAAAUGAAACUUAUGUUUUUAAGACAUUUCAUGCUAGAGCACAUGUUAAAUCUAUUGACAUCCAAUACAACAGGCCAGCCAUUCAGCUCCCUCAUUAAAGUCCCACUCCGAUCAGUUACUACUUAAUGUGUUAUCAAUGGUCUUUAAAUUGUGAUUAUGAAGUUUUUUGCCAAAAUCACGUUACCUGUGUCAUUUUCAAGGGCUUGUCUUCUCCAGUAGCUCAUUAGCAAUUCACCUCUGAAACCGCUAACGCACACGCUUGUUCUGCCAUCGUCCUCUUUACUUUUCUGAGUCUGACCUGCAUAGCAGUGCUCUGGGGGCGGAGCUUAGAUUUGCUGCAUAGUAAAUCUCACUGUAUCUGAACCUGCCAGAGAUUCACAGAGAUUUGAGUGCAGAAAUACUCAGAAAUGCAAUUUCGCACUUAGUUUUUUUCAUGAUAUGUCCUGUAGCAUCAGAAAAAUUAACAUAUGAACAUGGAAAAAACAAGAAAAACAUGUUUUCAUCAGAGUGGGACUAUAAGUUAUCUCAGUGAUAAAAUAUAUUUAUUGACACUGUCCGGCUGUUUUUUUACUGAUAUUGUAGUUUUUAAUGUGGUGGAAGUGGUUUGCUACUCAGUUGUUCAUUGUUUUAUUCUCCAAUCAAAAAAAGGAAAGAAGGAUGUAUAUCAAACACAUUAUGUGCUGUUACCUCAGCUGUGGACACCUAAAUAAUUAAAUCGACUGGUAUAAUCUUACUAUGAGUGGCUGUGUUUGAUCACAUUUAAUUCCAGACAUUGGUGCCCCUUGGUGGUAAAGUCCAAUCAGACAAUAAAGCACCACUUAUAAAGGCCCAAAGAUCUCUUACUCUGCAUCUCAGUGAUCAAAUCUGAGUGAGGAAUUGUAAGACAAAAACAAAAGUGUAAUCAAAGAACAACAGCAAUACUGCCAACAGAGACAGCAGACAAACCAGUUACAGCAGGAAUCCAAGUAAAAUCAUCAAAAUGAUGUGACCUUUUCUCUUUGUUCUUCAAAGAAACCUUUAAAGAGAAGCUGAGCACCUUUCAGGCCCCAGUUUUUAAUUUUCCAUGAAUGCUCAGGUAAGAUUGACAAAAGCCAGGUUCUUGACACCAGUUUGGUCUCAGGCGCCAAGAGAGAAAGUUACCGAAACUAAUUCCCCAAACAGACAUGCAAGCAUUACUCUGUGCUCACUAUGUGCUCUUGGAACUCUUUACCUGAACCUGCCACAUGGAUGUUUUUCACCAGAUAUUGAUGAGUGCUCCCAAAGUAUUGGAAACCUUUGUGCCUUCCAGUGUGUGAAUGUUGCCGGCAGUUACAAGUGUGCCUGUCCUCCUCAUGGAUACACCAUGUCUGCCAACGGACACACCUGCAGAGGUGAGACUAUAAUGUCAGUCAUGUUUUUUUAUUCAUUUUCUUGUUUUUAUGACAACUUUUACUUUCGACCUGAAGGUAGGCAAAUAUCGGUUUUGAUUUUCGAAAUGUAGAAAUGUAGAGAGAUUCCUCUCUAAAUGUAUUGUCAUUUUUUCAGACAUUGACGAGUGCACAACUGGCACCCACAACUGCUCAUUCACACAGACCUGCUAUAACCUGCAGGGAGGCUUCAGGUGUCUCUCCUUUGGCUGCCCUCACAACUACAAGAAGGUGUCAGACUCGUGAGUAAAGUCUUUUUGUCUGGGAAAGGACGCAUCACGCUCCGUGGCCUGGCUUUUUCUUUCAUAGAUGUUGGCAUAUAAAAUAAAUUUGGCUCACAAAACUGAAUUUUCGUAUGAGGGCCUAACUCCGGAUUGAAUAUUUACAGAAUCUUAAUGAUGUGAGAAAACCGGAUAAACAGGUAAUUUUGAGUGAAAGUUGCUUUUAUUGUAUUUAUUUAUUUAUUUUUUUGUUCAAAUUUUCGAAGUAAAUUACUCUUCUGAUCACUGAAAUAAAUCAUCUGGUCAUCCGUGCCAACGCAGCAGCAGGACGGAGAGGGGACACAGACAUGUCAGGUGUCGGGCCAUAGAGUGCACCCCUGCCGUUGAAUGCACCCCCUGAUGAGAGCGCGGUUGAAAGUACACAACAAGGCGAAAUAACCCAAGUUUUCCGUACCAUUGGAUAGAUUCAAAAGUGUGGGCUUUUAAUGAUUUCAUUCAGGCUAUUCAGAUAAGGCGAAAACAAUAGCCCUCUGAUUCGGAAUAUUUGCUGCCAUGAAAAUACCAAACUGGCUGUGCACUGGGCUCUGCCAGACGAAAAUACCAGUGCGUGGGGCCUCGUCGCUGGCGGGCACGAAAAUAGAGCCCUAAGUCAGAUGGCUCGGAUCAGCUCAGUCCCUUCUUGGUCUGUCUAUGCAACUCCCCACUCUUCUGUGCUCCAGUGGACAGAAACAGCACACACACACCCACCACUUUGCCAAGAGGAGACAUCUUAUUAGUGUUAUCAAGAGACACCUUGUUAACUUAAGUGUGACAUGGUCUGGCUUGGGAUAGAGAGAAAUCUUUCAUUCAAGGCAUGGCUUGGCAGAAAGAGACCAAGGCUGAGAUUGAAAAUGUCCUCUGGUUUGCCUCAAGUGCCACACUGUGAUUCAUGGGCAGAAACCAAAACACUCUUGUUUUUGGCAAGAGUGUGCAAAGUUUAUUGAGCAAUGCAUCAAACUUUCCUCCAUAAUUCUCAUGUGUAAUGAAUCAGCAGUCAGCAAGAGAGUGAGGAGGCAGACGAGGAUAGCCCUGCAAGAGGCACCUGGAGGUCAUACAGCUGCUCGACUGUUUGUGUGCUAAUACGAGCUUUUUCCCUAGACUUAAAUGAUAUUUUAUUUAAUAUACUGCACGGAAAAUCCUGACCAAUCCUGAUAAAUGUAGAAAUGGUCUUUGACCUUCAUUUACUCACGCACAUAAUAGCUCUAUUGCAGACGCUGUACAGCCUCACAGCAGCACAGGAGUAUGGGGGAAGUUUGUAUUCUUAAGCCGAAAACAUACAGGAUCCAUAAUGAGUGCGUCCCGUCAGCAUUGCGUAUCUACUCCGUCGAGCAGCACUGUGUAUGGCACAAAUUAUGCAUAUUUGGAGCACGGUAGCAGCGUAGAGGAGCCUCGGUCAGCCGGGCUCAGUAUAGAGGAAACAACAUGCUCACAACAGGUUGUUUUUCCUUUCUGUGGUCUAUUUCCUGCUAAUUUGGAUAUAAUUCAGUGACUGUUGAGCCUCUUCUAUAUGUGAAAAAGCAAUGUGAUUUUACAGCUGUGGUUUUUGCAGGUUUACUUGUGUUUAAUAAAGUAAACUAUGUUCCUUUAUGUUGUGCUGUUACCCUCAGACUGAGUUAGCAGUUAAAAGUCCUGUUGGGGUCCACAUGGAUCAGGGAUUGACCAUCGGAUUGCUCUGUGUUACUGAUAAAUCCAUAACCAGGAAGUAUUUCUCAUCUACACGAACUGAUACACAGUCAGGGGUCUGCAUAUGGUGUUUUAUUUUGAAAUACCGGAUGACGUGCGGUUUGAUACCCUGUCUAGAACAAUUUUCUCUGUGUAGAUUGGCGCGCAUUGGAAGCGUAGAGAAGCAAAAAUAGACUCGACGCAUAUCUUUAGCAGAGCUGCCUACCUGUAUGUUUUAGCUUUUAUUGUCUGUCUCAUCCCUUUUCUUCUUCCCCUCUUAUAUUUGUUGACUUCUCCUCAGACGCUGUGAGCGGAUCAGCUGUCCUGCCAACUCUUUGGACUGUCUCAACUCACCAGUCCGCAUCACUUACUACAAGCUGAGCUUCCAGACCAACAUCAUCAUUCCUGCUCAGAUCUUCCGGAUCGGACCAUCCCCCGCCUACUCUGGAGAUCAUGUCGUCAUCAGCAUUAUUAAGGGCAACGAGGAGGGCUACUUCAGCACCAGGAAGCUCAACAGCUUUACUGGGGCCGUCUACCUGCAAAGACAAGUUCGCAAGCCCAAAGACUUCCUGAUCGAUGUGGAGAUGAAGCUGCUGAGGCAGGGGUCGGUCACCUCUUUCCUUGCCAAGAUUUAUGUCUUCAUCACAUCCAGUGCCAUGUAA